AUGCUAUUAACAUGGUCACACAAACUGCGGUACCGCCGUCAACGCGUGCAGCAAUCGACGACGACCGCGAAGACUUUGGCGCGCGUUUUCCGCAAAAGGUAAGCGUAUUAUUAUUAAUAAUAAUCGUAAUAAUUAUAUUAUAAUGUUGCAUACGCUGGCCACGACGACCACGGCCCGUUAUUAAGUAUACGAUCCGAUGUAUAACAAUAAAAUUAUUAAUAUAUGUAUUACAAACGUCAUAAUAAAACGGUAACGGUACGACGACAGUAUUUUUUAUAAUAAGUGUACACAAUAGUGGACCGAAAAAAAAACUUUUAUUUUCACAGCCAUAAUUUUAUAUUUUAUUUGUAACAAUAAAACAAUCUAAUCUUAUUUUACGCAAAAGAAAAAAAUUGUCUAGUUUACGAACAGCGAUUUUAUAUGACGUAACGCGAUUAAUAUGUAUUUUAUUUUUCGAUUUAAAAAUUAUCGCUGAACAAAAAAUUGCAUGUUUAAUAUAGGGCUGUGAAUUUAAUGCAGUAAAAAUCUUAAAAAAUGCAUUUAAAAUGCUAAUGAAAUAAAAAAAUGUACUUGACAUUUUUUUUAACCGUUAGAAAAUCAUAUUUUUUUUUAAAAAUUGAAAAAAUCAUUAUUUUUAUCCCUAAGAUAAAUUUUCAGACACUUAUGAUAUGCUUGUCUCUUUUAAUGUACUAAAUUUUGCAUAUUUUUUUUCACAUCAUAUAUUUUGCAGUAUACUAUUUUACCAUUAGUAGAAAAAAUAUCUGCGCCAUAUUCAUUGACGUACUUUCGCAAAUUUGAUGAUUUUAUAUUUUUACCCUAUUACUAAUUAGGUAAAAAUAACUUCCUUAUUACAUUCGGCCGAUUUACCUUAAUAUGUCAUUUUUUAUUGAGAAAUUUAAUUAAACUAUAAAAAAAAUAAAAUACAUAUAAAUUCCGCAAUUCAUAUAAAAACCCGCUGCUCGUAGACUGGACAAUUUUAUUUACGUGAACGUUUAAGAUUCGACGGUAUUGUUACACUUAUACAAAUAAAAUAUUAAAAUUAGUAUUUAGUAAUUUUUGGGUUCAAAGAUCACCCUUUUUUCAUUUAAUACGCUGCAUAUGUACGGCGAAAAAGACUAAUAUUGUUGAUAUGAGGGCGUUUGACAAUGUUUUAGAAACAAAAAAAAUACCAUUACGAUUUCUUCUUUGAAGAACAUAUAAUUUUCUUCUCUUUAUAUUAUUUUUGUCACCUGUGUUUUUAAAUCCUAAUUUUCAUCUAAAUUUAUUAAGUAACGCAUUUUCGAUAUUAUACAAUUUGUCCAAUAAUUAAGGGGUUGUGUUUGGGUAAUUUGUAUGAUAUUAAAAAAAAAAUAAUAAUAAUCAUCGCAAAAAUACCUAUUCAAAUCACUUUCAAAUACAAUUAUAACUGAUGGAUGACCGGCGUCAUCAAAAGAAGAUACCCUUAAAAAAUGAUUUUAGAGAAUAAUAAACAUCACGUGUAUCAUUUUUUAUAGAAAAUCAAAGGAGACAACCUUAACAUCGUUUUACGGUAAAGGUGCACUAUACAUAUUCAAUUCAUUAUCGAAUGUAUACGAAAAAUCAUAAUAUUUUAUACAAUAUAUAUAUUUUUUUUUAAACAAGUUGGAUUCUUUUGUUAAUACGUCCCCUGAUAAUGAAAAGGUUCUGGGUCUCUACUUUGAAAUUAUUAUAGAGAAGCGUUUAAAAAUUCAUAUUUUGACAUUGAAUGUUAUUAGUUAACUUUAAAAUCUGAUGGGAUGAUAAAAAUAUAUACUUUUUAAUUUAAAUAGAUUUUGAUAGACAUAGAUAAAAUCAAUAAUUUUGUAUUAAUUAAUAAAAUAAAAAAGUGAAAACAAAUAAUAAUUUCGUACUUCGAAAAGAUUCUCUCGAGAGAACCUUCUUAAAAUACGCACUGUGGAGAUAGAACAUUUUCGUUGUGAUUUUGUCAUAUUAUUGUACCAGUUAUUUUAUCGUACAGUACUGUGUUAACAUGUUGCUAAUACAGAACCUUUUUAUUUUCAAAAAUUGUGAAUACCAUUGAAUAUAAAACCUUUCUCUCUAAAAUAAUAAUUCACUUUAAAAAGGUUCUAUUUUGUUAAGGUAUAUAAAAGAAAACCAUUUUUCCCCAAUUAUUUAGAACAAUUCCACUUUGAGUAUCUGGGUGGAAAUUUAAGAUAGAAACUUCGUAGUAAGCUUAAAUAAUAGGUAUUUUUUUUUUAUACAAAAAUCUAUUAAAAAUUUAUUUUUCGAAAAUCAAUAGAUAAUACCAUUACAUUCUCAGACGAAUAGUUAAUAUUAAAAAAAAAAACACCUAAUGGGAUAUCACAUAAAUAUUGUUUUUAUUUUUAUUUCAUAUAAUAGAUUUUAGAUUUUGAGUGAAGCGAAGAUGCUUAUAGUUUUAUAAUGGUGUUUAUAUACAUUUUUUUUUUUUGUGAACAACUUUUCUACCAGAGAUUUUGCUCCGAUUUUGAAAGGGAAUCGGCAUGGAGAGGUACUUUAAGGAGUUCAUUUAAUGAUUUUCUUAACAUUUUUUUCAAAAAAUAUAAACAACCUGGAAAAACAUAAGAAGAAUGGUACUAAAUGAAUAUGAAUAUAACUGAGCUAAAAAUUGUCUGGAUAAGAUAAAAGAUAAAUUAUUUUUAUCUAGAUAACUUAUUUAGAUAAAUUUAUCUAGAUAUUUCCCAACACUACCCGCCAGUAAUAUAUAAAAUCAUUUAUUCGAUUUGUUGAUAAUUAUUGUUAUAUAUUUUAUUUUUAUAUUUUUUAAUAUAUUAUUCUUCAAAUUGUAAAUGAAUGUCUUAAAACUUUUUUAAUAGUAUUUUGUGCAAUUCUGUGCGUUAAUUAAAGUCAUGUCUGCUUUUUACUUACUCACUGCAUGACUUACUCACCUAUUUUACAAGGUAGUUCAGUUGAUCUACCCGAAGUACGUAUUCGGCGUCUCUGAGUCUUAUAAAGGAUUCGAUAAAUAAUUUUAAUGUAGGUAAUGUAAUUUUAGGUAAUUAUAGGUAACAUAUCACAGUUUUUCUUAUCGACAACAGUUUUGACUUGUUUUUUUGCAUAUACCUAUAUUUUUGAUUAUUAAUUUUAAUUUUAAUUAUUAAAUUUGAAAAAUAGGUUCACGUUGUAUUAGAUAGUAUAGAAUAUAACUAAAAACGUUCAACUAGUUUACAUUGGAGCAAUAUAGACGUUCUACUUAAAAUUUGUAACGAAUUUUUUAAAACUUUAAUGUCGAACGUAAUACAUUUUAAAAUUAUUUUAUUUAAUAUAUUAUUAUAAAAAAAAAAUUGUAUAUGCAGAUAACAGGUACAGAUUUACAGACUGUAUAGAAAAAUACGAUUUUAUUUAAAAAUAAACUAAUUUAGGAUUUGUAUUUAAAAUUUAAAAAAUGACUACAUGUGUGCCAUGUGGUAGAUAUACUCAUACACUUAUAUGUCAAUUUUAUAAAUAUAUUUUUUUAAUGGAAAACGUAUAUUUAUAACCUAUAUAUGACCGGUGAAAAAAAACAUUAAUUUGUCAUACCUACUCGUAUCGCUGUAUAAUACGCGAUUGGGGUCAUUUAUUAAAUCGAAUGGUAAAAUAACAAUAUACCUACGCGUAAUUUUUAAUUAAAAUUCAAAGUUUAUGUUUUAAUUUGAUUUUUGAAUUGGAUUUGAGUUUUGAUGUUUUUGGUUUUGAAUUCAUGUCUUAUAAAUGCGAAUUGGUUCGAUUUAUUCCGUGUCGUAUAUAAUACGCACGAUUAGCAUAUAUUUGUAUGCAUGAAAUGAUCAAUGUGUAUUUAUUGUUAUUAUUAUUAUGUAUUUUUAGAUUUUUUUUAGGGGGGGAAGGGGAAGAUGAUUUAUUAGCAGUAAAAUAAAUCAUCAAUUAAAAUCGAGCUAUCGUCAGAUUUUGAUAUUAAACAAGACGACCAUUAAUGAAUUCGUGCGAUUUAUAUAUUUUAUUUAAAAUAAUAGUUUUUUUUUUACGUUAGUAAAUUACUUUUUGUUUAAAAUGGGAUAGUAUAUAAAUUAUCAUUAUACAAAUAUAUAUAAAAAAAAGUAAUAUUUUAUAUUUAAUUCAUUAAGUAAUAUAUUUAAAAUAUUUCUUGUAAAUAGCAGAUCAGUUUUUUUUUCAAGAUUGAUUUAUGUGUUCGGUUUGUUCUUAUUGUUUAAUAUUAUUUGACUAAAUUGUUUAUAUUAUAAUAUUUAGUAGAUGUUCGACAUUAUAUUUACUAAAAUUCAACAGGUAAAGGUUUUCAGAGGUACGUGGAAUAUAUUUUAUCAAAAGUAAUUUCAAAUUAAAACCAAUAUUGGUAGGACCAAUACAAAUUAAAUCGGUGAAUAAAAUAUUAAAUAAAGAAGAAAAGUUUAUUUUUAGAUUCUGUAGGGUCUAUUUACAAACAUACUGAAACCGACAUUCGAUCAAAACUCGACUGAAAAGAACUCUAGUUUCGAUUUACAACUUGAAAUAUUAUUUUCAAUUAAUUUUCGAUUACUAGUUUGAUAGUACUGUUCGACAAUUUACAACGAUAGUGAAUUUGUUGACGAAAACUGUUUCGAUACAUAGUUUUCGCUUUAGUCAAUUAAUUAAUUAUAUUUUUUCAUUAGUUAUGUUUUUUUAAAUUUGUAUAGUUAUUUUAACUUCAUGAACGAAUGUUGAAAAUAUUCUUUAAUUUUAUGUAUACAUAUUUAUAAGCAUGGGUGCUCAUUGAUAACAUUUUAGAGAGAGUCAAAAUUAAAAAAAAAUAUAUCAAAGUAUAUGCUUAAUGAACGUUUAAAAUUCAAUUUAUUAAAAUUAUUAGUUCAUAAUAUUUGUUAAGGGGAAAGGCAAGUUACACGUCUGGUUCUCCAUGACACCCAUGAUAAUAGGUAGUCUUUUUUUAAAUUAUGUCAUUUGAUAUUAACUUUAAGAUUUUUAAUAACAUUGCAAUUAGAUUAUUUAAACAUAGAAAUACAUAUAUAACAGUAUGAACAUCGCACAUGAAGCAAGAUGAGUUUUAGGACAAGAGAUCCUUUUGUUGGUAAGUACCUACUUACAUUUUAAUUAUAAAUCAAAGAUGAUAGGAUUCUUUACUAAAUUAAAUAGAUAGAUAUCAUAUUAUUUAAUUCAAAUUUUAACAUACAUACCUUUUUCACAAAGUUACAUCAACAUCAUAAUAUAUUAUUUUAUUAUAAGUAUUACGUAUCUGUAUACAAUAUAGUAGACAUUAUAUUAUAAUUACAAAUUUAAACAAUGUGUUAAAUGUCAAUGCACGAGUUUUAUGAGUGUUGAGUAUCAAUAUUAGGUAUCAAUAAUUUGAGAUAAUAACUGAAAAUUGCAUGGAAAAACUAUGCAUUUAUUUUUAUUUUACCACCAAUUAAAACUUAUAAUCAACCUCGUAUUAAGUUUUCAAGUAUUUCUGUUUAAAUAUCCACAUAAAACCAAAUAAAUACUAUAAAAACCUAGAAAAUAUCAAAUAUUACCUAUAAAUAGUUCUAAAAUCUCUAGAAUAUUUUGAAAAUUGUACUCACUACAAACAAAUAUCUUAUUUUUACUUUUUACUCUUAAAAUUCGAAGCAAGAUCUCUGGUAUAAAAAAACAAAAAUCGAACAAAUUUAAAACUUUGUCAACGCCGUAAAUUUGUUCGUUUUUCUUUUAGUUUUUUCUGGAUUUUCCCAAUUAUUAUGAGAACUACUCGGAAAAUCAAAGAAUUAUCCCUUAAUACAUCAAAUGGAUCCAAAAUGUUACAAAAAACUCUUUCUUCUUUUUUUGUUGGAAUAAUAUUUCUGAUAGAAAUGUGGUUUACAGAAGGACAAAAUUAAAAAAGAAGCGCACAUCAUAGAAACACUAACAUUUUAAAGAUAAAAAAUUUAUUUUUAACCACUACUAUAAUAUUAAUAACAUUAUUCCAUUCAGAUAGACGGACAGAAAAAUAAGAAAAGAAAAAGUAAGCAUACAUAAUAAUAAAAAUAAUGUUCAGAAUAUAAACAAAAUACACAAACAUAAUAUUAACACUAAUAUAUUCCUCGUUGUGCUCAUAAACCAAAAAAGCAUAAUUACCUACUAAAUUGUUAUUGGGAUGGAACUCAGAUACAGCCCUUAAAAUGGAAAAAAUUCCACAAAAAUGAUAAUUAUUAUUAAAUUAAAUUUUAAAAAGUUUACGCGAUUUGUAGUACUUUUAUGGAAACAAUAAUGUAAUGAUUAAUGAUAAUUAAAUCAUGUGGGUUUUCAUUUAUUUCAACUUUACUUUAAUCUGUAUGCUCGAUGAAUAAUAAUAAUAAUAAAAAAAAAAAACCAUGUAAAACAAACAAGCCGAACAAUAGGUGUGUAUUUAAAUUGCUUUUCCGUCUAUGUUUUGAGAGUGUAUAAGCUUUAUAAUAUUCUGUUCAAAUUAUAUCGCCUCGGUUUUAAUUUGAUAUCAUGCUGUAUAUUAAUGUGAUUAAAUCGAUUUCGAUUAGAAUAAGAUCACAUAGCAAACAUGUAUGGAUUCAAAAAUCGUUGUUUUGAAGUAUAAUGUGUAUACAUAUAUAUAUAUUAUUAUCACGAGAUAUAGCGUUUAAACAUAAUAUUAUUAUCAUUUUGAUUUAUGAGGUAUUUUGAGUUUAGCACGUUUUACCUUCGUCGUUGUCGUCGUCGUAGUCCUGUUUUAUAAUAUCAAACGGUCAACAUCGCUGCGAAAUAUAAAAAUAUAUUAUUACCUUUCAUAUUUGUUCACUCUUAUAUAGCAUAAGUUUUGAACUCGACGUGCAGACAGCUAUACCUACUACGCGUUGUUUUUUCCCUAAAAUAUAUCUACUUAGUUGGAAAACUUUUAUGUAUAUAAAAUAUGUGUAUGACGUAUUUAUCCCAGAUUAAGUUGAAUAAAAUAUAUCAGAUUCCAAUAGCCUAUAGAAAUCUAAGAAAAAUAAAUAUUUUACUGAAAUCAUAUUAUAUGAUAUAAUAGCAGAAUGCAGACAAAAACGUUUUGUAUAUUAGUUGGUUAUCUUAUUACGUAACCAGUGAUAACAUUAUCAGGCUUUUAAUGUGGUUUUUGUUUUAUUUUGUUUCUUAGCAUAGAUAAAAAAUGCAGAAACAAUAUAUUCUUUUACCAAUAAAUAAUAAAGUCGUAUGCUCGUUGCUAUUUCCCAAUACUUCAUAAGUUUUAUCAUUUUACUAAUUAAACGCCUGAACAUAUUAUAAAAUCAAUGACAUUAUUUUCUUCAUAUUUUUCAGUAGAAGUAAUAUAGAAUUAUAAUACUUAUAAUGUAGAUUUUUAAUGAUGGCACUAUAAUAAUAAUAUAUGUUUAAUGCGUUAUGUCAAGGAUGUUAAAAAUGUUGUAUAAUUUCAAUGCAUUCGAGUUUAACGUAUUGUUUUUAGAAGGUUGGAUGCUGACUGCUACCAGACGACCACGAGUCACCUGCAGUUAUUUAUCCCUAUGAGGUAGAUUACAUGAUAAAGUAUUAUAUUGAAUCGGUGCCAAAAGAGAUUAAAAACCUAAAACAUGUUGAGAUUAUUUUUAUACCGCGCGUAGUAGCUUCGCGUUAAAUCGUCUGUAGUAGUACAUCUAAAGGCGUUUACACCGUACCUAAUUUCGAUUGAUCGGUGGGGUUAUCGUAGGGUCAUUUUAAUACAUAAUAAUAGUAUGAGGUGUAUGUAAUAACUUUUUAUUUUUUAAAUUACUAAUAAUUUUUAGUUGACUAACUUUUACAAACAGCUCACUGUUUAUUGGUCUUCAAAAGGUCUUUUUUUUUUGGGGGGGGGGGAGGGCGUUUGCGCUGUUACAUUUUUAUGAGAUGAAUAUUUUUUCUGCAAUGGAUUUCUUCACACGUGUUAGGUAUAUCCCGGAUGUGAGGUUGGAACAGACUGACUGCCGAUGGGUAUUUUUGGAAAUGUAGAAAAACAAACUUGGAAAAGUCGUUAUUCGACAUGUUUUAUAAGUUAUAUUACUAGUGAAUAGCUGCAAGGAUAUAGGCAAGUUCUUUAUCGUUCGUACAUUUUGUGAAGUCGUUUUAUGCAUAUCUGAGUCCGUUCAGAGUUUUCCACGAGUUUGUUCCGGGGCAAAAAUAUAUUUUCGGCAGAUCGUUUUUGCGUGGAUAAUAACUAGAGCGCGGAUUUGUAUGCAUUUGCAUAUUUAAUCUGGUUGAUCGUAUGACAUGCUAAGUUAGCGUAAAAUGUAUUUCAUGACAUAACGAUUUAAAAAAAUUAAACUUUUUUUAGUACUUAUUUUUGCAUAUUUUCGACAUUUACUCAUUUUUUUUUCUAAUUUAAGGGCUUAUUUUACAAUUUUAAUGGAAUAUUUCGAUGGUUUUCAUUAUUUUUUUGACAUUUUUGAAAUAUAUACUAUUGUAAAAUAAGAAAAAAAAAAAUAUUUUUAUAGUUUUGAAUGAUAUCAAAAUAAAUGAAUAGUUAUAGUUGUAAGUAUAAAUGGUUUUCUUAAAUAUGACCUUAAACUAAUAAUCGGUGAAAUACGUAUAUUAAGAUAAGAAAAUAUUGAUUAAGAUCAUUGACAUUAUUUCAGUCGCGUUAAAAUAUUUACCGUGCAUUCCUGUGUGCUUUCUGUUGUAAUUCGCGUUUUUAUUACUUUAUUUUUAUCAAAAUUCCGAAAGAUAAAUCGUCGUUAUCGAGAGUCUUAUACAUUAAAACUACCUACAAAAUGAUGAAAGUGAAGAAAAAAAUGUAGACAAGUAUUUAUAGAAGGGUUCCAUAGUCUUAAAUUUAUUGUUAUAAUUAAAUGUUCAAAAAAUACAUCUUUUUGCUAAUUUUGUUAUGCAUAUUUUAACGUAUUAGUGCAUAUAUUUAUGCAUGUUUAAGAUUUUUUAACGUAUAUUCGGUUGGUUUUUAAUGCAUAUAAAUCCGUGCUCUAAUAUUAACCAACCACAGAGUCGGCCCGGGCGAUGAAGUCUCCCGAAUGUAGGUAUACUAGGAACUUUAAAAUGCUCGGAUUGGACUUAUUGUAUUGUGCCUUCGGUCGUCGGUAUCAUAAUAAUAGUAUAUCGUACGGCGAAACAUAUGUUGAUGUGUACUAUGUACGUUAUAUAUAUAUAUACCAUGUAUUUUUAUAAAAAAAAAAAAAAAAAAAAAAAAAAAAACAAAACCGACUGUACAGAAUCGUUUAAAAUUCACCUGCACUGGACGACUGGAAUGGACGCGACAAAAUGAUAAAACUUGGCGGGGUAUUAACCCGGUUUUACCCUACUUAUAAAGUACCUAGUUAGGUAGAUAGGUGGGGCACACGUGUGGCCGAUCGUCUCCGGAACACGUGUGUAACGUUACCUACUGCAGUUGCCGAAUUAGACAAAUCCGUUUAACCGCUCGUUUAAUGUUUAGGUCGUAUACCAUAUAUAAAAUAUAUACUCGUGUGUAUACCUAACUGCAGUACACGAAUCCGACAGAAGAAUAAAUUAGCGGUGCGAAAUACGAAUAGGUACCCUAUACCUAUACCUAUAUACUAACACGACCGCCGAAACACAACGACAAUGGCACCACCGGAUCUAAUCCUAUUAAUUGCACUGAGUUUGCACCGCGUAUAAUAUCUACUCGGUGGAUCCCAUUGAACAAUAUUCGCAACAAAACACAGGUAAUUAAUUAACGAUAUAUACAGCGGAAUCUACCCGGUAAGUAUAGGUAAUAUCAUAUAUAUACGAGUAUAUACCACGGAGGAUUGCAAUAUGAUAAUAUAAUAAUAAUAAUAAUAUUAUGUUGUACCGUUGUGCCGAAAGGAUUUUAAAACAGUGAUACAGCCCGGGGGAACAUGUGACCGAAUCAUAAUGUUAUUAUAAUCGUAUCGGUAGAUCGUAUACAUAUACUGUAACAGUAUAACAAUAAUGAUCACGUGUACACUAUAUUACCUAUUAUAAUAUGUGUUUAAUCGUUUUACGUUAAACGCUUAGAGCCUUAAUAUAUCUGCGUAUAUAGGCUCGAAAGGGAUGCUGUUAAGCAUUGUUGUUUGGCAAAAAUGUCGUGUGUCAUUGAUUGGUAUAGCAAAACCGAAACGGUAUGUUCUAUAGGUGCCUAUACGGUAAAAGAGAUUAUCCGCCGCCGUGUCGUCGUAAUUAACGAGCCUCAGUCCCUGGGACGGGACGAGUUAAUAAUAAUGUACAUAUGACAAGCCAGAAUUAUUUCGAGUUUGACCAUCGAUCGCGCGUGGUAUAUAUAUACACACCUAAAUUUCGAUCAAAUUGUAUAGAAUCGGGCCAAUCGCCAAACAUAACGUGUAUUUUUAUCCGCGUUCAGCGGCCGAGGGCGUAUUUCUAUGAAAACCAAUCGAUUAUUAUCUACUCGUAUAGGUAAUUCAAUAUGUAUUCUUCUUUUUCCGGUUCUCAAUUUUUUAAUAAUUGGUUAGCUGCAGUCCUCAGCGCUUCUCUGUGAAAAUUAAAAUCCUUUAACUUAUCGGCAGUAUUCCAAUUUUACUUUCUACGUAACGUUUAAUAAUAAUUAAUUCCAACUAACUAUCGUGACGUAGUCGAAUCAUAUUAUUUUCCAUUCUAUUUUUUAUAAUGUGUUAAUGCCAUCUUUUUCCUUAAUUCUUCGUUUAUUAUAUUCUUUCUGAACAUGAAAUUUUGAACAUUUUAGUUAACACCACAUCAUAUCAAUGCUCUUUAUUGUUCAGAUUUCACACGCGUAGUAUAAACUACGUACCUAUAAUAUAAUAUCAUGCUCCAUCUUAUAUUUUUAAAAAGUUUUUCAUUGUGGUGAGUUUAAUGUUGUACGUAUUAAUAAGUUAUUAAGUAAAUAAUUAAGUAAAUAUAAAUAAUUAAAAAAAUUAAAAAAAAAAAUUCGAUAAAAAAAUAUUCUACCCAUAGAUUGUGAUUAUGCGACAAAAAUGUUACCGUAAAUGCCGGAUGUUUAAGAUUUGAGACGCAUAGAAAACAUGUUGAUGAACGUACAAAGUCAAGAAUAUAACAAUCGCGAGUAUUAUUCAGAGUUAAUACGGUAACACUGUAGUACAUAAUAAUUGUUUUUUUUUUUUUUUUUUUGUUGCUUUUUAAUAAAGUCGUAUAUUUGUCGUACGCGGAACGCAUUGUGAUUCGUAUUGUUUUCGCGCUCAACAAAUAUUUGCCACCAUUUCAUGUAAUAUAAUAUAUAAAUAUAUAUAUACAUUUAAGUUGACUUCUCGUAUAAUAAUAAUAAUAAUAAUAAUACGUUUUCGAGUUAUUAUACAAUAUACUAUACCGAUUUACUCACAACACUGGAAAUAUGGAAAUAAUACACGCGCGUUAAUGAUUAUUGUUUUAAAUGUUUAAAACGCGCGCGCGCACGCACGCACGACGACUCUCUCCCCUCCCCCCGGUUUAAAACCGUUACGGGACGCUCGUUUAAAAUUCCCAGUUUUUUACGCGCCCGCGGCAAUUCCGUCUUUUCGGAACGCCACGCAUUCCCGCGCAAACAACUGUACCUACAUAACAGUGUCAUAUUAGUGUACGAUAACAUUUUAAUAACACAGCGGCGUGUAUCGGGUGCGGGGCGCGCGCAUAUUAAGUACGUUCGGAGUACAUUAAAAGGCGCGCGAUAUCUGCGGCGCAGCCCGCGCGUACACCCAUACCACCUAUAAUACGCGUACAACGUUGCCGUAUUUGCUUACAAUUUCAUAAUCUAGAUUUAUGUAUAGGAUUUCCCAAAGCAUAAGUACACAUUAUAUCGCGUGUGUGUUCUCGCGGUAAAUUCCGCUGUGUAUAAGGUGCGCGCGCGCACGCACGCGCGAGGGCCCAUUGCAGAGAUUUCGGUCCCGCGAACAAUAUUCUACACGUAAUAUUGUGUUCGUGUGCGCGCGCGUGAGAUCACUACACACUCAGACUACCUACGUACAAUAUCAUAUUAUUUGUGUUCGCGACGAGCGUGUGCGCGCGCGCCCGUUUACCCCUAAAGCCGUAUAAUAAACAACCGCCGCCGCCGCCGCCGCCGCCGCCGCCGAGUACGAUGCGACUUAAUACAAUUAACUCUCGUUUUGUAUACAUAUAUUAUAUACGACCGUCCCGUGCAGUAUGUACCUGAGCCGAGUGUAUAGGUACUGGCAACUCGCAGUCCUCUUGGCUAUUCUAAUUUGUUUAAUGCGUACAUUGUUAUGCGGAUACACCCAUACGUAUGCAUGUACGUAUGUAUGUAUGUAUGUAUGUAUGCGCGUAUGUAUGGCGUGCACACACAUACACGCACGCAGUGUCACGCGCCUGCAUUUUUCGACUGUAUACACCCAUUACACAUAUUGUAUAUUAUAUUAUUAUUAUUAUUAUUUUUUUUUCCCAAUUCGAAAAUCUCUGUCCCGUCAAUAUUACAUUAUGGCGAUAAUCCCGCGCGCAAGCGUGUACAAUAUAAAACAUAAGGCACGAUAAUGAUAUUGAUGCCCGCGUCUCAUAUUAUUAUCAUCGUCUCGAAAAUAUCGUCUUUUUUUUCAAAUUUUUCCGUUCAGGAAAUAUUGUCACAUGGUGGUGAUAUUCUAAAAAUAAUAACAAUAACGUAAAAUAAAAUAAUCGCAUAGUAUUAUAUUCGUGUGAUUUUAAAAUUUUAAUUUGACGGCUCUUCCGUUUACAGAUUUAAAUUCCAAUGGUCCGGUUUUGACAUGUGCAUAUUGUUCAUAGCUCUAAAGUCCACGGCGAAACACAUCGUUGUAGUUAUAACAAUUAUAACAUUGUCCUUUUCACAGAUAGUUUUUGUUAAUUAUUCUUGUUUCCACCGUGUGCGCAGGAAUUGUAGGAUAUUUGCAUUUUGGACUUGGGUUUCUUGAGGCGGAGACUGCGUUUAUAAAUAAAAAUCACAGGAUUCUUUCACCCGGUAAAAACAUCAACAACAACGACCACGUAGACGUAGGCACAGCUUGUUUGGCCAAUGGCGGUUGUCUUACUCAAAGGAAAUAAUAUUUAUACGCACGUAUACCCGUAUACUUGUCCGUCUGGUGUAAUAUCGAAAUCCUAUUAUUACAGGACAAUAACUAUAGGUAUCCGUGUAUCGACAAUGGAGAAAUAAUCAUAUUAUAUUAACUUUGUCAACGAACGUCCAUAAUAAUAUUCAUUAAUUUUAUAGGUAUGAAAUGUACUCGUGUUGACGUAAAGCGAUUAUUCGUAUUGCAAUAUCGGUCCAUCGGACCACUUCAAUACGUGGACUGUACGUAACAAAUAAGGUACCAAUACUCUAUAGUUGCACGUAGAAAGCGAGAAAGAAGAAUGUACAGUGAUUACAUACAGUUUAAACCUGUUAAAAUUUCAUACGAGUGUUACGGUGAAAUGAAAAUGAGAGUAUAGAAAUCGAAUAUUAUUUUCACACUUCUCUUUUUCUUGGAGUAUUAUUUUUGUCUUUGGCUAAUAAUGUUCAAAAUAAUUCACUUGAUGUUGCGCCAAAUCAAUCGUUGGGAUUUUCCAAAGAUGAUAUCUUCCAUCACUCUAAUCAACACUCCUUUUCCCUCGGAGUAAAAGUUGCAGUAAUCCAUAUCUUUGGUGAUUUCUCAUUAUGUGAUCCAGAAAUUUUAGUUUUCAAGUUUUUUUAGUUAUCACUAAGUAUGUUUACAGUAUUACACCUAUAUAAGCGUAAUUUUGUAUAUUUAUAUUUAACACAUUGAAAAAAAUUUCACAGUGUUGUUAAUUUUAUGUAUAUGUAUUGUAAUUUUAUGCUAAUCCUGUUAAAACAUUUUAGGUUUCGAUUAAAAGCAUCACAAACAUGGUACGGCUAACGAUAUGUUUUUCAACUAGGUACUAUAAAAAUAAGUAAAUUCAAAUGAGGUCGUUAAUUUUCUCAUAGAAUUUAAGUCGUUUUGUUCCGGACAAACGUUCCAAAUAGGUACAUAUUAUGUAAUAUGUAUAAUAUUAUUAACUUAAUGCGAAUGUUUGUAAGUCAUAUAGAAACGUGUAAUCGGAGUAUUAUUGCCGGUUUCAAAUGUACAAUAACGAGACGGUGUUGUCAUAAAAAUUAUUUAGGUACUUCUUAGCCGCCACCAUUCGACGACGAGUGUAGCAACUUGCGAGAACGAAAAUGUAGAUACUUGGUCCGUAUUGUAUUAUAAUAAAGGCUGUGUUUCAUAAACUAAGAAAGUGUUUAUACAUUACAAAUAAUACAAAUGAGCAACACAUAUUUCAAAGUAUGCAUUAAAAAGAAUCCAAAUAUACAAAAAAAAAAAAAAAAUGUACAAAAUAGUCUAUAAACAAUUUGUAUUUGUUGAAAUAAUGUUGAACUUUAAUCUUAGAAUAAUUAAUUGUUCGAUAAAAUUUGCAUUUAAAAUGCUUAUAAAUGCUUAAAUCAAAAUGAACUAUAUUACGUUCGACCUUUUUUUUUUACCACCAUGUACAGUCUAAGAUAGACGAUAAACCUCCUAUUACAUUUUCAAAACACUUAGGCUUGACAAAAAAUUAUAUUCAAACAUUGAAAAAUAACACGCAAAAUACUACGUUAUAUUUUAACGAUUAUUGUAAAAAUUUGAAAUUUAAACACGUAUAAAAAACUUUUACGUUACGCUCAACUUUUUUUUAACUACUUAUUUAAACAUAUAAUGGCUAAAAAUUUCGAAAAUUUCGAGUACCUAUAAAUUACAGUAGUUCAAAAAUCACAGAAUAUUUUAGAACUUUGACCACAUCUCAAAAGGCUAAUAUUGGUAAGUAUUCUGUAAAUAUUGCAGGUCUUGACGGUUAUUUUAAUUCGGAUUACAACAAAAAAACAAAUAAAGAAACCGUUAAGGCCGUAAAUUUAUCCGUUUUUUAUUUUUUCCGAGUUUUCCAGAUUAUUAUAAAAUCUACUUUAAAAAUCAAAAAACGAUAACUAAAUUAAAUACAUCAAAUAGAUAUAAAAUGCUAAAGAAAGUUCUUUUUUCAUUUUUUGAUUGGAACAAGAUUUCUGACAAAAAAGUUGUUUACAGAUGAAAAAUAAAAAAAAAAGCACGCGUUAUAGUAAAACCAAUACAUUCCGCGCUCCGAUCAGAAUAUUAAAGCUAGUGGCAUACCUGGCCUGGUUACUAAAAUAGUCUAACACAUUUAAAGAAAUUUGGAAAAUUGGCAAUGCUGUGGUGAGUGUUGACUUUGAAAAAAAACCAAAACACGUGUACAAUAUUUGAACUUUAGAAAUUAACAUUCGUUUUACUCAUCCCAAGUAAAAAUAUUUUAAAAUUGUUCACUUAUUUUUUAUUCUAAAGAAAAAAAAAAUCUUUUUUUCAUCCGCUACUACAAUAAUAAAAAUAUUAUUCCAAUCAGAUAAAAAUAUACAAAAAUGCAAAGGGUGAAAAAUAAUAUUUAUCGGUUGCGGUAUAUAAUAUUUUUUAAAUUAAAUAAUCGUUUUCAUUGUUGCGCCACUGCAGGUUUUAUUUAAUUGCGGUUCUAUAUACAAUGAAUAUUGUUAAAAACAAUUAUGUUAUACACCGCCUGUAUACUAAUCAAGUGUGUAAUUCGUUUUCUCAACAUUGCAAUAUGCGAUGUUGAUACUGAUUUUUGAUAGUUCAAAGACAUAAAUAAAAAUAAAAUAGUAUAUUAUAUUAAAAUAAUAAUUUCAAUAUUUAUUUCUAUAAAUUGUAAUUUCUGUAGGAUAAAAAAAUAAAACCGCAGGUGGACGGGUUAAAAAAUAAAGAAUAAAAAUAACGGGAGAAAGAUUGUGCAAUAUAACCCCUAAUUUAUGAAACACGAAAAAAUAGGAAAUUUCUAAUUGCAGUACCGGUCUAAUUAAUGUACAAUAUAGCCAAGCAAUGUUUAACUCCCCCAAGAGUAAUAUUGUGCCCGUGGACUGUGUCAUUUUUCAACGUUUUAAACCAUAACAUUUAUAACACUAGCAUCAUAUUGUUAUUUUAUAAUAUUAUGUAUAUAUAUAUAUAUUUUUUUUUUAAAUGACGUGUAGCGACUUUUCACACUUAUUUUUAUUCAAGCUAAUCUGAAAAUCGAGUUAAAACUGAAAAAUAAACGCAUUUAAAAGAAUAACAUAGAAGUAAAUUUCAAAUUUUAUUUAGCCAAGUCAGGGUGGAAUACAAUAAUUAUAGAAUUUAAAUUGAAUGUUAUAUUUUUUCUAAUAUUAUACCAGGCCAUGUGAUAAAAAAUUCAAUUUUAUAUUGCAAUAAUUUAUAAAAUACCAUAAAAACUUUACGAGCACGAGUGAUCACGAUUCGAGUAUCUUAAAGACUACUAAUACAUUUAAGUUAAGUUACAUUUAGGUUAAUAUUUUUAAAAUAUCCGUUUUUCAAGCACCUAUAUGUAUCAUAAUAUUAACGUUAUGUUGACAAUAUAAUAUAACAUUUUUAGUAAGAUAUUAUUUUAUUAAUUUUAUUUUCAAUACGGGCCUUAAGUAGUAACAGUAACAAUUUAUUCAUUAUUUGGUUUAAUGUAAUAUUUAUGUUUUGAUUGACAUUGAACGUAUUGUCAUAGACGUAAAUAUAUUAAUUCAAUUAUCCAUUAAUAUUAAUUAACUGAAUCUUUUGGAUUGACUAAAUGAUAAUGGAACUAUCAACUCGUUGCAGUCUGCUUCCGGUAUAUAGCGUAGUGUUCGUAUUUACCUUGACGUCCCUUAAAUUGUUCGAUAAUCAGCGAUAAUAACAUUAUUAUUAUUAUCGUGACUAUGUAGAAUUGUAAAUCUAUAAUCGAUAGGCCAUUAUCUAAAUAUCUUGAUUUGUCGUAUAGAAAUUAAAAUAUAUAUUACAGAUCACUUGAGUACGGAUUUUAAAGGCAAUUGCUUUUUUUUUUUUAUUGCUUUAAAAGAAAGCUAUUUCAUCUACAAAUUCGAUUUGUACUACUUGGAAUAAAAUGCAAGACAUUUUAUUUUAAUUGUUUUGUAUAUUAAUGCUUUUUUGGGUAUUUUGGGUACUUUUUUUUGCUUUUAAGUUACAUUUUUAAAAAUAUAUUCUAAAUACGUUCUAAAUAAACGUAUUUAAAAUGUUAAUAUUUAUUUUUAUAUUAUAUAAUUUGUUCAAAGAUCAUGGCUGGCUUAAAUGAUUUUAUCUCGUUAUGUUUGAUUUAUGGAUAUAUUUAUUGAUGUAAUUUAUAUAAUGGGAUUCACGUAUAUAGUAGAUUAAUUUAUCUUGAAACGACAAUAAACACAAAAAUAUGUUAUAUUUUUUUUUUUUUAAAACCCAUUUUUAAUGCUUUUUUAAGCUUAUUUUUUUGAAGAUUUAUACAGCUUUAUUGCUUCUUUCAGUUUUUUAUUGCUUUAAAAUCUAUACUCUACAUGCCAUUUUUAAAAAUAAUACCUACGAAUAAUCGUUUUUUGAAGAAGUAUUACCGUUUAAUUUUUUUAUAUAGACCUAUACGUAUUGUUCAAUUAUAAAAGUAUAGUAUACAAAUUAAAUUUUGUGAUUAUUCCUACUAUUAAUUUAAUGAUUAUUAUUAAGGUCAGGGGUUUUAGGUAAUUUUCUUUUUCGGAACUACGGAAUAUGUUCGUGUUGAGUUUUGCUGAGUUAGAUAGUUAGUUUAAAAUGGUGAAGAGAUCAAUAUAUUAGAAAUAUAAUAUCGUUUUACCCGCCCACGGUGUUGAAACGCUAGGGUAUAUACAUGUAGAUAUCCUCAUGUGAUCCAGGAGUAGUCAGACGACAGUCACAACUCUAUUAAAAUAUCCUAAGUUUAGUAUUUACUACUUCAAGACUGCAUGCACUCAGAUGAAAAAUAAUUAAAAGAAAUUAAUGAAGAGAUCAAAUAUUAAUGAUUACCUGAUAAAAGUCUGCUAGGUAUUCGAGAGAGAUUUUCGAAAGAAAUUGAUGGUACUUGUAGUGUACGGGGUUUUCGACAUAGUGAUCGUCCAGAAUAUUUUUCGCGUGGGCGAAACGUUCGAGAUAUCAAGAAAAAGACCAUUAUUUUUAAUUUAAGAGACUUACGUUUCGGGGCCGAUAAAUGGUGACCAUGUGCAUGAAGUUGGCAUCCCCAUUAAUGUAUUAACUCAAAAAUUGUGUCAUUAUUUUACAAACGAUUUGCAACAAUUUGCAACCAAAUAUAUCCGCCGCAAAAUCGCGGCUUAAUUUACCAUAAACGCACCACUCCCCCUCACUACCAAUAUAUUUCAUUUUGCGGCAUUAUCGCAGUUAUUGGUUGAACAUUUUAAAAAUUUGGUUUCAAAUAGUUGCGAAUCAGUUAAAAAAUAAUGACAUAAUUUUUGAGUUGGUACGUUAAUGUGGGGAAGGGGAGCAACUUCAUGCAUAUAUGGUGACCCGUUAAUUAUGAAACUACAAUAAAACCCAUUUUUUUUAGUAUUGAUUUUGCUUAAGCUGCUGCGGAAGUGAUAUAGCAAAUGCGCCAACUGUUGUGUGAAUUUUAUUUUUCUAACCAUAUUAUCAUGUUUUAACUACGGCCAUAGAAUUAUGUAUUUCACUCUCCAAUAAUGAAUGCCCCUUGUAUUCAUUAUAUCAACAACUUUUUUCACUAAAUACCAAGUACUCGGCCAUAUCCAAACCGUUUAUAAAUAUAAAUAAUUUUAUAUAUGUUGUGUGGCAUAACAUUACACUAUAUAAUAUUUAGUUAAACAAAUUUACUCGUAGAUCUGAUAUCUAAGUCCGCAGUGACUAUUAACAAGAACUAUAUGUAUAAAAUAAGUAUUAUAAAAAGAGACAUAUUCUAUACGGAAGGGAAUCGUAUAAUUACAAAAUUAAAAAAUACAAUUCUGAAUUGGCUAUUUUCAGUACUGUAAUAAGAAAUUAUAUUUAACUGUUGCAUUUUUAUAUGUUAGUAAUACAAUUUGUAAUGUAUUUUGUAUAUACUAGUAAUAAAUAAUUUAUAUAUUAUAUAGAUAUUUUAUGUUUUUCAUGUUUUACAAUUAAAUUGUUUAUAAUAUUUUAUUUAACUCGUUGAGUAUUGUUUAACUAUAUUGUAUAACCUAAUUGUUUAUUUAUAAUUUUUAAUUAUGCUAUGUAAUUUAAUUACGCGUAUACUAUAACUCUCUAUACCCCCACAAGCUUUGCUUAAAAGUAAGUGUAGGUAGUUUUUAUUAUUUAUUUAAUACUUUGUAAUUGAAUUUUAUAAUGUAUUAGUUUAAUAAUAAAAAUCUAUGAAAAAAAAAAGACUGACAUACUUCGCACAUGAGUGCAGCCAUUGUUAUAGAUGGGAAGUUGGGAAGGUAGGGUACAUAAGGUUAUAUCAUUUAUAUCUGUAAACAACGAUAAAACAUUGCUGACAAAUGACGAUUCCGAGCGCAGUUCGGUAAUACAUAAUUUGAAAUGCUAUAAUUUUGUUUGCGAUUUUUAUUUAAAUUUGAUUUCAAAACGCUUAUUAAGAAAAAUGGUCGUCUGAUGAUAUUGGAAAUUUUCCACGUCUAAGUAAGUCCAAUAUAAGUAUUUUUACCAAGUUUCAAGUCUCUACGUGUAUUUAUAAUCAAAUGACUGCAAAAAACACCAUUCAAAUUAAAAUUCUUUUAAAGCUCAAAAGUGGCUCAAAAGUUUUGGCGAUGGUACUAGAAUAAAGUAAAUCAAAAAGGUAUCUUGUGAUUUUUCGAUUAAAUCAUUUUUUCUGGUAGAUAACGUUGUCCGUAUUUUUUUUGUGAAAUAAUGAAAUCGUGAAAUUGUACGUUUUUCUACGUUUAUUCCCACUUAAGUGCUUUUAUUUUAAAAAUGGUGUCGAAAAUCAAAAAAUGACUUGUUUAAAGUACAAUUUAGACAGUUUGAGUUUUUAGUAAAGUUACUACAUAUAAAAAUCAGAGCAAGUUUACUAGGAAAAAACGUGUCCACUGACUAGAACAAAGAAAAAGAAGAAAAAAAUAAAUAGCACUGUAAAACUAAUACAUUCCUCGAUCCAUUCAGAAUAUAAAAUAAAACAUUAUAGCAAAUUUCUAAAAAAAAAAAAAAAUAAAAAAAAUAGAGCGUAAUAAAAUCGUUUUUUUAAAGUGUUUGUUUAAUAUAAUUCAGAUAUCUAAAACUUUAAGAUCAAAAACCAUCUACGUGCGAUGGUAUAGUUCGAUUUUUUCUUUGUGUGAUUUGUGAAUCGAGUUUGGAUAUAAGUGAUUUAUAAUAAUGUGUAUGUAUAUACAUAUAUGUAUGGAAUCGUCAGAAUCUGUACAUAGUAUAAAAUCUGUUUUAGUGACUAUGUUUGCAUCUACACAAGUUAGAAAAUGGAAGGUAAAGAUAAGUUCAUACAUACUUCUGUAGGAGUUUUGAUUUUACAUAUAAUUUUGUUGAACUAUUUUAUAUUAAAACUUGGUCAAGGUUAUUACUAAUAUAAUAGUAUUUUAUUGCGUAUAAGUAUUUAUAUGAUGAUGUAAUGUCAAGACGUCUGAUCAGAUAUAUUUACUGAGUAAGGUCAGAUGAAUCGUGCAAACAUAAUUUUUUUCGAUACCACGUGUUAGUAGAUUAUACAUAUAAGUUAAAAACAGUUAGAACACAGUAUUAUUGGACUAUAGAAAAUGUUAUUUCGAAUUUUUGUAAUAAUGACAAAGUUGUGAUAUUUAAGGUAAAUACGUAAAAAAAUAAAUUCUGUUGGAAGAAUAUUUUUUAUAACAUUAAUAAUAAUACGAAAUAAUACAUAAAAUCGUCUAAAUCGUCUGCAAUACAUCUAUAAGUAUCGCAGAUAAACAGUAUCUAUCCAGUCUAUGUGUUUGGAAGACAGUUGAAUGAUUGUUUUGUUUUAUUUAAAUUGGGUUUUUGGUAUUAUUUGUUUAUCGUUUGUGGUCAGAGUAAUUCGUUUAAGAAUUAACUUUUUAUAAAGUUUAGGAUAUAAUCAAGUCGAGAGUCUAACUUUGUCUAACAGUUAGGAGAUGAAUUGUUUGUUAUCUUGCAAAGUUUUUAAAUGGUAAUGAUUAUAUAUGGACAAUUUAUAUUUGAAAAGUAAGUACAAGAAUACAGUUUAUAACGAACAUAGGAUUAAAUGUUUUUGGGAAAGUUGGCGAGUUGAUUUCAGUGUAAUUAGAUAGGGUUUCACGAAAGGGCUAAAAUUUGAAAUGGUUUUAACUUCUCUAAAUUUAAUUAUUAGUUAUUAAUUUAAUUCGUAAAAUAUUUAGUCUUUUAAAAUUAUAAAUAAUGUGUAGGUGAAUGUAAUAAUUUACAUAAUAUUAUUAUUGAAACACUUUAUAAACGUUUACAUAAAGUAAUGUUUAGAAAAAAAAUUAAAUGUAUAAUAUGUGAAAAAUAAGAAUAUUGUAAUUUGGAUUAUCUCGAAAAUACGUAUAGUAUUAUACUUUUAGAGGAUAUUUGAAAAAUAAUUUGUUCACGAACACUUAUAUCAACAUUUUCUUGACUACUGUGUCGUUUAUAAAUCAAAUGUUUUUCUGCCUUUUGACGUUCAAGUCCUGACUCUUUUCUUCCGGUAUUUUUGUACAAAUUUAUUGCGUAAAAGUCACACCCAUACACUACUAUAAUUUACCUAGUGCACUUGAAAAUAAAGAGGUACUUACAGCUAUUGAGAAAGACGUGCAUCUUUUGGUAAGUUGUUUGAAAAACGCAACUACCCUUUAGUUAACGCCCAAUAUGUAUAGCAUAGCAUGCUGUAUUAAGUUUAUAUACUCUUUCUGUCCAGAAUAAUUUAUAUUUAAAAUUGUUACAAAACCGAUUUUUCCCCAGAAAUACAUCAACUAAAUGGUUUAAACUACAUCGAAUUUUAUAUCAAAUUUUGUGUUUAUCGUACAAUUGUGUUCGAGUGAAUCAUUUUGUAUGGUUGCCAUAGGUAUGGUAUUUUAAUGUCAAUUAUAGUUUAGUUUAUUAAUUUACGUUACGAUAUCGUGGUUUAAGCCUAUAUAAUAUUCGUAUUUUAUAAAUUAUAAAUAUCAUUAAUAAUUAAGUUGAAAUACAAAGUACAAAAUACAAUUGAUACAAUUUGUAAUUAUUUUCAUAAUAACAUAAAAUAAUUUGUCAUUUAAACAAUUUUUUUUAUGGUAAAUUAAAUUUUUAAUAAAAUCUUAACGAAAAAGUGGACAGGUUUGAUUUAAAUUUUUUAAAACGAUUCGAACUUUUUACUAGCUCAUUAAUUCUUAUUACUUAUUCUUUCUAUCAUGUCGCCGUCAGGGCACGUAAUCGUUUACGUGUGUUCUAUAACCUCGUAAUGAAUCUUCAACAUUAUAAUUUACGACUUUUGUUAAACGUUAAUGUAUUAAUUAUGUUCCUUAAUCGCAAUCUAUUAUUGACCAUUAUUAAUUAUUUAAUAAGUAUAGUACUGAUUAAAUGAAUUCGUAAUAAAUACAAUUUUUUUUCCCGAUUUUACUGCAUUUCUUCAAUCUUUUCACAUUAAAGCUAAUGUUUCAUCUCAUUAAUAUUUCAUCUCCCAACUUGAACAUCAAUACAAUAUGUUUCGUUGUAGAGUAUACAGGGUUGUUUGUACCCUGUAUAAUUUUUCACUUUUAUAUAUAUAUUAUGUAAAUUUUUGAAUCUUCGCCUGUAAUAUUACUCGAGCUUUAAUUUGACUUAUAUUCUACGUGAAUAACGUUCUUCAAAUAAAAACCAUAGAUAGUAUAUGUAGGACGUAGGUAUAUGUAUUCUUUCGCAUAAAUGAUAGUAAGAGUAAUAAAAUAUUAUGGAAAAAUUUAAUAAAGGAAAUUAUAUUAAAAAUUGUUAUUUACACAUAGUCUGAAAUGAAAUGGCUAUACACAAUAAAUACAAAAUUAAAUAAAACAAUAUUCCAAUUAGUUUUUAAAUCUUACGCGCUAUUCAUAUUUUGUUUUAUGAUUUUUAAAAUUAAAAACAAUUUAAAGACGAUGAAAUUAUUAAAUUUGCUAUUGAAAAAUUAAUAUUGCGCAUAAAAUAUGUAGAAUUCGAGGUAUAGAUUCAAUAAAAAAAAAAAAAAAAAACACGAAGAAUAAAAACUUGGUAAUAUGUGUAUAUUUAUAUUUUGAGUACAGUGAAUAAUUUAUUAGUUUUACUGUGAUGUAUGCCUAUUUAUACUUUUGCUCGUGAAUCAUUUUUUUACUAAAAAUUUGUUUAAUCAAAAAAUGGCAAGGGUUCUUUUUUGUAGUAUAUUAGAUUUGAUUGGUGUGCAUUGAGAAAGUCUUGUUAAGGUUUUUCUUGUAGUGUUUAUUAAUAAUUGGAAAACCUGAAAAACAGAAAAAAUGACUGUUUUAUUAUGUUCAAUUAUAUUUUUUUUCUCGCAAUUCUGUUGAAUAUAUUGGUAGAAACCUGUAAUUUUACUACUAAAAAAAGCUAAUAAAUGAGCGUUUUUAGCCGUGGUAACAGAUUCAAAAUAUCCUGGCGAUUUUUGAGCUAUUUAUUUAUUUAAAUUGUCGAGUUUUUCAAAUAUUUUUUUUGAUAAAAAUGUUUAAGCUCGUCAAAAAUGAUUGAAGAUUUAACACAAGGUUCAUCAUAAGUUGUAUUUAUAAGGGUAAAAAAAGUCACGUGUAAUGUAGUAUUUUUGUUUACAUGCGUUUUAAUAUCAAAUUUUCACGAAAAUCAUAAAAAUCACCGCAUUUUAUAACCUAACCUAAACUAACCUUAACCAAACUUCGCUCAGAAUAUUUCAGAAUAAUUUUUAAUUAGGUACUAGCGAUUUGUUACGUACCCCUCGAACGUGUAAUAUUUAUCUGACCGAUUGUUACGACUAAACAAAAAAACCGCGUUGAACACGGACAAAUAUCACAGUUUGCAGGUAUUUUGUAUUGUGGGAGGAAACAAUUAUAACAUCUGUAUAUUCGCGUGGCACACGACGUUAAAACCGAACUACUUAGGUAUACUGGCAGACAACGGAAAAUAAAGGCGGAGCAAAAAAAAAAAAAGAAACGUAAAAACGCAUCAUAUUGAAUUAUCGAGAGUAGGUGGCGCGGUGGCGCUCGGUAUAAUAAUUUAUUGACGUUCGGUGUAUUGUACACAAUGGUUUAUGCAUAAUAGGUACGCGCGUCUCGGCGUUUAUAACAAAUUGUACGCGAAUAGUUUUGUGAUCGCUAUCACUUUUGAUCGCGGUGCAACAAUUCGGUUGUGCAUUACAUUUGAUUCGCGGGUUGGGGGACGGAGGCGCGGGCAGGGGCGAGUGAAAAAGUUUAUACCGACCCAUCGCGGUAUGCAAUAUACGUAUAUAUAUAUAUAUACAUAUACAUAUACACGAGUAUAUACACAUACCCUAUAUACCAUACACAUACAUUACAUACACGUAUAAUACGUACAGGUUUGAAUUUCAGGUAAACCGAAGUUUGUGAGUUAUAUUCCCAAAAGUGGACAAAAACAAGAGACACAUGCAAAUUGAAACGCAGAAUAUAUAUGCGCGCGCCCGCGGUCUGGAGCGCGGAUGAGGCGAGCGUGUGUGGCGCGCUGAAAAACCUCUUGGGGCCAUCCCCGGGAACGCCGUACAGUUUUUUAAGUAGUUCUAGAGUGUGGGCAUACCCCGUGUCGCAGAAACAACACAAUACCCGUUCUGACGUGUUUUCUUUCGGGCCGCGUUCUAUACACUCGUAUAAAACGCGCGUACGUACCUACCUGCCUGUAGAAUACAGGAAAGUUUUCGCACGCACACAAUAAUAUGUAUAGAUACUAUCCGUUUACGAUAUUAUUAUAAUUUCACGCACACUAGGUCAUCGAUACUCGUGGUUUUCGUUUUUUUGUUUUUGUUUUUCAACCCCGUAAUGCCGUAUAACGGCGGUUUUCGUCUCUCCGCGGAGACCAGACGGUAUUUUCAAUAAGCGGUUUUCGGGAAAUCGCGCAACGUCGUCGCGUCGCUUAUAUGCGAGUACGCCGCAGCAUUUUUACGUUAGAAACCCCGAAAUAGACACGACCAACGGUUUGUUCGUAAAUCAACGAAAAUAUUCUAUCGGAAUAAACGACGGGUAUUCGUUCAAUAAAUGUAAGUAGCCGGGGCGGAGACCUAGAAACUAUAUAAAGGGCAGCGGCGCGGAGCCUAUACGUGACGAUGUUAUAACAGUGUAGAUAACAACAACAUGUUAUUUGAAAAAUGAUUACCAAUAGAAAACAAUACAAUCGUCGUUUUUCGACGGUUAGGGGUUAACCUUUUCGGGGAUCUCGGGGAGGGGACCGGUUGGAUCUAUGCCUGUUCAACAGCAUUUACGGCGUACUCGUACAAAACAGUAAAUUUAUAUUUUAAGUCCGUCCGGUCAGGUUGUGUAUCAUACUAUGUAGGACAAAAGAAAAAUUAAUUAAAACGCGCGAGGGUUUAUUGUUACGCGAAAGUUGCACCCCUUUUUUCUACCUGCAGAGUGACGAUAAUAAUUAACAUAAAAUAUAAAUAGGUUUGAAUAAAAAUGUCCACGUGGUUUUCUCGACGUCUUAUAAAGUUCAAUAUUCAAGUAUACACACGCGUAGGUACGGUUUCUUUUGAAACUUGUUUAGAGACUGCACGCGCGUAUAUAAUCUCCCUGGGAGUGGUCGUAAAAAUGCAUAAUACACGAUUUGAACGUCUUCAAUAUUUGACUACACGUUUCCAAAUGCAUGUUUUUAUAUAUAUAUAUAUAUAUAUAUUUAUAUAUACUAGUAUAUUAAUAACAAUAAUAAAUAUUAAAAAAAAAAAGAACUGAAAAAAAAAAGAGCAAUUGUUGUCGUCACUCGAAGCGUAAACACUACGUCGACAAUAAAAGGUACUCCGUCGCCGGUUUUAAUUGGCCGUAAAAAUUGUAUUGUUAAUGUACAAGGUUGAAAAAAAAAAAGGUAAACUCCAGUCCGAGAUGUUUUGGCGGUCAAGAAUUUUCACUAACGGAAACCUAACUGCUGCGUGCAUUCGAUCGGCUACUUUAUGGUGACAACAAUUUUAUUAAUGAAUAUAUAAUGGAAUACAUUAGUCUUGUAGUUUAAAUAAAUGUCACUGCAGUAACUCGCGAGGGACUUGGCAAUAAGUGAAUAAAAACUAAAAACAAGAAUACCGCAAACUGCAGACGCAAUAACGUGCUUUUUUAAUGAUAUUUUUUUUGUUUUAUGUUUUUAAACUAAAUCUAUACUCGAAACCAUACGUCUUAAAUUUUGUCAAGUGGAAAAAAAAACGAUUUUUUAGAAUUUCGUUCAAAUACAAUAUAAAGACUAACGCCUUGAUCUUGUGAAUACCGUUCUUGGAUUAUAGUUCAAUUAAGGGCCUUAGAGAUUUUUACAAAUUGUUAACAAUAGUUAACAUUUACAAUCGCCAAGUUUUAAUAAAUAGUUCAAUUAGUUUUGAUUUUUACAUCCUGGAGCCUGCGCGUCACCAGUUUUUUCUCAUAAUUAAAGUAACUAGUGAGUUACGAUUUUGGACUACUAUUUCCUGGUAAAUAAUAUACAAUAAAAUAUACAUCUAUAAUUUAAACAGAACUGAGACACAUAAACCUAUAAAGUGUUUUACUAGUUUUAAAUUACAAAUCAUUUAUAAUUUAAAAAUGUGUGUUAAAGGAAAAUUAUCAUCGAAAAAAUAAAUUUAAAUAAACAAACGUAUAAAUUAAAAUGAUAAAAAAUAAAAACUUUUGGUUUUUAAAUUGAUUAGUGUCUUCCUAGGAAAAAUUGGCUACAAAUUUAUUUAAUUAAAUUAAAAGUAUAAUCAUAAAAAAUAAUAAAAAAUAAUAAUACAAAUUGUAAAAGUUUAGUUAAUGAUUGAUAAGUAAUAAAAUAAUCUUAUAAAAACAUAAAAAGCUGUCCUGUGGAUAAUGGUGACAGGUGCAGCCACUAUUAUAGGUAACCCAACGUAUACAUGUAAGCAACGAUAAACCAUUGCUAACAAAAAAUCGAUUCUGAGCGGAGUAAAGUUGAUAGUGUUGCUUUGUCAAUAAUAUAUAUGUUAUAUUAUGGUAAAAUAAUAACAUAGGCGUUAUAUAUUUUCUUUUAUAAUAUUUGUUUAAUAUUAUACCUAUUUUUCCAUUUUUCCUACGCGUUUCCCGUUUUCCUCUGUUUUUUCCCGUUUUUUUUCUUAUUUAAUAGGAAAAUUCCUGGGAAAAUCGAAAAAUGACCUCCUUAAAGUACCUCCCAAGUGAGAUUUCCUAAUAGAUAAAGUGCUGCGUUCGCAAAUCGGAGCAAGAUUUCCGGUGGAAAUGUUGUCCAAAAAAAAAAAAAAAAAAAAAAAAUCAUCUUAAUUGUAAACCGCAAGGUUCUUCGUUCCGCUCAAAGUCUAAAACACAUAACAGUGGGUAACGAUUUGCAAUUUAAAUCCGAAACUCGAAACAACACAUUUAGGUGUCGGGCAGGCCCCUUAAGAGGACACGAACGAAAAAUAUACGGAGGAAUGGGAAACAGAGCGGUGGCUUCGGACGCCCCCCGGUCGCGGCACCGUUAACAAACUAUAGUUCGUGGCUUUCGACGCACUAUCCGGCGAACGUCCGCGCGAGUCUGCAACUAUGACAUUACGUUAUUAUUACAUUUUAUCCGGCGUGAACGCGGUGCCGCCGAACCGUCGGGCGCGCGCGUACCUACGGUACCGUCGUAAUAAUGUUAUUCUAAUAUCGGCGGUGUGCGCCGUCCGCGUCACUUACUCGCGUUAUAACGCGGGCGUUUCGCGUGUGCCGCGCGGUGCACGGUGGUGUAUAAUGUACACGCGGCCGAGCGCAGCGGCAGACGGAUUCCAUGCAAGCGGGAUAACCCGAUCGAAUUCACGCCGAGAGAGAAUAACGCGGGCGAGAACCGCUCCGGGGAAUCCGAUGACAAGCGUCUCAAAAACACGUUCGAUUACCCGGUUCGCUUUAAUAAAUUGAUAUUGGCACGUUAUUGUCGUACCCCGUAUACGUUGUCGUCGGGGUUCGUUGGCGAGGCGGCGGCGUGCCCGGUAGUAGUACCAGCACCCACCUAUCUAUAAUGUCUAUCCGUACACACACCGUACUCAGUAGCAUACAACCGCGCGGCUGCGCUACAAUUGCGUUACAAUUAUAUGCGCCGCGCCGCCGGUGCGUACGUAGUGUUUUUAAUAAUUCACGGUAUUAAUCUCAUGCGAGAAUAUUCGGUACCGAAUUGUCCUUAUUUUUUUCCUACAACGCUAAAAAAUGCUCCCAACGCCAAAAAAAAAAAAAAAUAAAAUGAAAAAAAUGGACAAAAGGUCAAGCGCUCACAAUUUCAUAUCGCUAACCUUAGCAAUAUUGUAUACACAUAUUUCGAUUUUGUUGAGUCGUCAUUUAUAAGCCAUUACACAUAAGCCAUCGUAACUCAUUGAGUUCUAAAUCUAAAUUAAAUAAUAAUUAUUAUUGUUUAUCAACCAAUAGUUUUAACGCAAAUAUUAUUAUGAUUCUAAUCACAAGUUUUAUCUAUAACAAGUUUUUAUCAAACAAAAACAAAUAACACGUGUAAAAUAUAAUAUAGUCGUUUGAAUUAAAAAUAAAACUCAUACGUGCUAUUUUAUUAACACGGUAUACUUUAUAUGGUAACUUGACAUAGAUGUCCUUAUGUGUUAUAUUUCUGUAGGUAUUUUUCGUCAACAAACCAUAUUUAUAAUAACUUGUUAAUCGUAUUUUUCAUUAAACAUUAACAACACAUAUAUUUUCUCAGCAAACGACGCGCGUCCCAAGAUCCUUUUUUUCACGAAUCGUAUCCCAACAUAAAACAUUAUGUUCCUUCCCAUAGUAUACAGACUUGUUAGGACUGUCAUCAGCAACUUAUUACUGUUGGUAGUUUAAAAAUAUUGAUUUUGGUCGACGUCACGCAAUUAAAAUGUUUCGCCCAAUAUUUUUACUCAGUUGUUGUCUAUUAAAUAAUUCAGCAGAAUCUUUAAUAUAAUUAUGACCAUUUGCGAGGUCUAUAACGUUAGUUUUAUCGUUUUGUUUAAUAUAUAUAAGACUUGGAUGUUUUUUUUUACAGCAAUUCCAACGUGAAUAUCAUUCUCUAACGUUUUAUGGUAACGCAAUUUAUAUCCGUCCAUACGAAAUAUAGUUUUGUUAAGUUUUAAGCAAAACGUUAUAAUAAUAUGGACGAACUGCGAUUAAACAGUUAAACAGACGGCACACAUACUAAAAGCAUAAUCCGUACAUAAUAAUAAUUUGUGCAAAACUGGUAUAUAAUCACAAAGUAUAAUAUAUCUAUACGAAUAUGAUUUGCAUGUAGAACGGACGUUGUAGUCGUUUAGAAAAAUCCAGGACGCGACUCGCGGGGGAAUAGUUAGUUCUUAUACACACGAGACCUAUCAGGUUAAAAAAUAUAUAUAUAUAUUAUGUUAGUUCCUACACGAAUAUAAAUAAUAGCUCGUUUCAACCGCUAAUAUUGGUAGUAUGCCGAUAUUUUAUCGAUAAAGCUGACAUCUAAAUUAAAUUUUUGAACACACAUACAUUAGCGACUUUGCAUUACUGGUAAAACUGCUACGGAAAACUUGUUUAUGGUUUGAUAAUAAUUAUAUCUAUUUACAAAAUGCCGUAUAUUGGGUAAUUUGUACUUACUUUUGUUCCAUAAUACAGUUUUUUUUUAUUUUGAAUAAGUCAAACAUGUACUUACAAAUAUCCGUUUAUUAUACAAUAUCAUAGUAUGUUUUUUUUUUUUUUUUACAAUUACACAUUAAUUUAUAAAAUUUAUCAAAAUAUUUAUUUAUUUAUUUUUUAAAGAUGUUUUGUUAUAAAAAUAACUCGUUUUGGUGGUGUAGGAACUAACAUACGUUCCUUUUUUAAUCGUGUAGGAAUUUACACAUAUAUAUUUUUACCUGAUAAGUCUCGUGUAGGAACUUACAUUCGCUCAAUUCACAUGUAUUCGCUUAUCGGAUUUUUAUUUUGGAACGCAAUUCAUUUGCAGUCAAUAUUUUAAACAAACUAGUUUUUUAAUCACUUUCCGUGAAUAAUAGUUGUCAAUUUUUAAUUAGGUGUUAAAAAGGUUAUGUUGGGUUCGGCGUACAAAAAUAUCCGGAGACAAAUGAUUAGAUAUAUUUUUAGUUACAAAGUUAAAAAGAAUAAGAAACAUGUAAUUAGGUGUUAAAUACGUAUUAUAAUUAUAUCGGUUAAUAGAAAUUUAGUCGGAUCAUUUGUCGCUGGAUAUUUUUGCCCAGGAUCAAAUUCCGUGGAUAUUUUUUUAAACCGAAACCAAACAAAUAAGUAGGUGGGUGUUAUGAUAAAAAUACAGUAUUUGGUACUGACACGAUUUGACAAUGCCAAUUUACACUAAUUUUGAUUUCUGAGAAGAGUGAAGAAGUGGAUAGGAAUGUAUUAAUUUUAUACAUUUUUUUUUUCUUUAUGCGGACAAAUUUUUUCUGCCAGUAGUUUUGCUCCGAUUUACAAUGGUGGCACUUUUUUUAAAAGGAAACCUGACUGGGAUGUUAUUUUAGGGAGGUCAUUUUUUUGAUUUUCCCAGGAGUUGAGUUGUAAAAUAAACAUCUGUUAAUCAUCUAUACAACCUACAUAAUAUAGACCCAUAGAGUUAUUCAAUAUUGUUCUCAUUUAGCUAGGGAAAUAUGUAGCACGCAGUUAGUUAGUUUGUUAUAAUUUUGUUAAUUGUUACAAGCGAGAAAGAAAUUGUCCAAUUUAUUCUUUGUAGUAGAGGUACACAGGACGAGUUAUUGGCGAGUUUACUUUGUAUACAACGCACAACUGUGUACAAACAAGAACGGAGAAGGGAUCAGUUUACAUCUAGUUAUUAUACUUCUACUCGAGUUCGAAACGAUAGUAUUAGUUUACCACUUCACGACGUCCUUCACAUCGGUGAAUUCGUUAAAGGUGUAUCUUAUUAUUGUAUUUUAAUAAAUAGUGGUAUAAUGCCUAUAUAAUAUAAUGUACAUACAUAUACAAUUCUACUUAUAUUAUAUGUAGGUAAUAUUUUUUACGAAAAUUAAAUACAUAUCAUGUAAAAAGUAUACAUUGUAUACUUUUCAAUGUCUGAUUUAAAUUUUUUAUUCACACGUAUGAAUUUUUAAUAUUUUAUCUACACUCUUAUAGGUUAUUUAGGAUACACUUAAUAUUUUAUACAGUUUAUGUUCAAAAUAAAUACAAAUGUAUCCGAUGUAUAAUUAUUAUAUCACGAAAUUUAAAAAAAAUAAAAAUAAUAUCUUAAUUAAUGAUUCACACAUUCUUUAAAAAUUAAAAUCGGACAUUAAGAAGUAUGUCUAAUUUCUCACUAUUGGUCUACAACGUAUGAAAAAUAUCUACGAUCCAGACCCUUUAAAGGUAAUAUACAAUAUUAUAAUAUACAAAUACACAAGAUGAUCAGUGUAACGUAAGUCAUAUUUAUUAUCUUGGAAAGGAGUUAAUAACUUUUAGAAAAAGUUUACAUCUUUUAUACAAAGGUGUAAAUUAUUAUUAUUAUUUUUUUAAAGUGUGAGCAACAUUUUUUAUCGGAAAUCUUGCUCUUACGACGUAUCAAGUGUAAUACUUUUCUAAAACUGAAUUUUAUCUUGUCGGUACUUUAAAGAAGUCAUGUCCGUCUUUUUUCUCUUUUUUUUUUGGGAAAUUUAAAAGUUAAGCAGCUGUAAUAUGUUACAAUUGUUAUAUUCUCUUUAUAACAAUAUUUUUGGGCGUAAAACCACUUUUCACAUUUUAAAGCUUUUGGCAUCAUGUAUACGUAUUAUAUAUUUAUUAAUACAUAUAAACGAAAUUAUUUAUAAAAACAAACAGACAUACUUCGUAAGUAAGUUAUAAGUGGUAAGUUGGAAAGGGAGGGUACAUAAAGUUAUGUAAUUUAUACCUGUAAGCAACGAUAAAUCAUUUCUAACGAAAAACGAUUGUUAGCCAUGUUCGUUUAUACAUGAUUUGAUUUGAAAGGCCACAAUAUAUAUGAUUUUUAUCAAAAUUUAUCUUAAAACCAUAAAAAAAAAAAAAAAAAAAUCAAUAUCUAUACGUAAUUUUUUUACCACUAAGUAAAACUUUUAAUGAACUUCCUGUUAAAAUGUCAAUCAUUUUUAUUCUGUCAAAUAAUUAUAUUCAUAUAAUACCUACUACCUACCAAAUAAAAUGUUUUGAAUAAGUUACGACGUCUAGAAAAGGUAAACAUUGGUUUUUUGUCAAAAUUUCAAGUUUUUACGAAUAUUUUAGCUAAAUUACAACAAAAAAAAAAAAAAAAUUGAAAAAUUUGAAAUUAUUAUUUCUGUAAACUUUCCCAUUCGUUCUAAGUUUUUUUCAGGUUUUUCCUAAUAAAUAUGAAAACUGCUUAAAAAAUCAAAAAAAUGGUUUUUCUAAUACACUAACUAUGUCCAGAAUUCAACAAAAAAGGUUUUUUCAUUUUUGAUUGAAGCCAGUUUUCCAUUAGAAAAGUUGUAUAUAGACAGAAAAAAAACACAUCAUAGUCAAAACAAUAGUUCUCUCACUCCGAUCCGAAUCUAAAAUAAAAUUAAACAUCAAAAUAUCCAUAGGAACAUAAAUCAUAUUUUAUUUUUUAUUAUAAUGUAUGUUCCUUAAGACAUUCAUUGCACACGGUUAUUAUCUUAACACCUACGUUGUAUAAAUUCACAAAGUAAGAAUUAUACAAGAUUAUAGAACCAUAGAAUAGGUAUAUAUAUUUUUUUACUUUCGGAGCGAAUGAAUCGGGAAAGAAAAUUUUAGGUAAAACGGCGAAUAUUUACGGCGCGCCGUGACGUUACAGUUUUCAUUUUUUUUAUUUUUGCAUCUGAUGUUUUUAUACCAAACAUAUUACUUCAAUCAAAAAACGAAAAGAAACCUUUUGUGUUGAAUUUUUAAUUUAGUUUAAUGUAUGUUUUAUCAGAAGCUAUUCAUUUGACUUAUGAUGUGUUUAUAAUUUAAUACAUAUAGGGUAUUUAUUAUCUGUGUAAUAUUAUUGUCAGUAGAUAUAAGCACUAGAUAGUGCUGCACUAGUUGCAGGAGAGAGUUUUUUUUAUUGUAAGUUACAAGUAAACAAUAAUUAUAUUUUUAAUAGAUUAUGUUGUCCUUACCUACAGUAAUAUAUAUGGAUACUGGUUAUCUCGAGAUUGUGUUUACUAUUUGGCUAUUCGACGCUACUAUAGGUUCCUUUACAAAGCGCUUCCUAGUAUUGAGUUCUAAAUCAUGAUGUAGGUCCAUGUAUAAAUCGUUAACGGCUCAUCUGAAUUUAAAUCUUAAUUAAUAAUUUUAAUAAUUAUUAUGAAAAAAAAACCAGUAAUUUAAGAUUUUAGAAUGGUUUGUUUCUUAAAUUAAAAAAAAUAAUAUUAUAAUUUCCGAGAUGUAUUGAGUACCCUACGUCAUAUUGAUCACUCUGUAUAAAUGCCUAUUAUUAUUUUAUGGAUUUUUUUUUGUUUAAUAAAUACGUUAUCUUUUUUCAACUUUAACUAUGUAGGUUGUAGGUAUGUAAUUACUAAUAGUCGUUUUAUGAAAGUUAAAUUAAAUAAUGUAUUAUUUAAGUUCUUAGUUUUUUUUUUCAAUUUUAAGGUUUAUAUUGCAUUUCUUACCGAAUAUGAGGUUCUGUAAUUAUAAGUAGGUAUGUGUAUUAAAUAUUCAGGAAAAUAGCAGAAAAACGUUUAAAGGUAGGUACCCUUAUAUUGUGCAAUAUUAAAUAGAUAUCGAUUAUUAUUAUUACUUUAGACUCUGAGCUAAGUGAAGAAAGUAUUGGUUUUAAAUUCUACCAAAAAUUUCGCUCUAAUUUUUCAAGUGUAGCACCUUUUCUGAAAGGAAAUUUUUCUGAGACGGUAUUUUAGGGAGGUCAUUUUUUGAUUUUCCAAGCAGAAAACUUUCGGAUAGAAAACUUAUACAUGCCUUUUCCAGACGUGGUAAAAUUUUCAAAACAUUUGAGCUUUCUUCGAGCUAUUUAAUUUUGCGAAGUUUUUACGCAAUUUUUAUUCGGUAAAAACGCUGUGGAUAAAACUGUUAGAUUAAACAGAAAUGCUUGAAAAUUUAGCAAAACGAAUCAUUACUGGUUGUACUCCGUGAUCAAAAAAUAAUUGACUGUAAUGUAGAAUUUGUUUUCUUAAGAAUUAUAAUCUGAAAUUUUGACGAAUAUCGUAAGUAUUAUUGUCUUUUAAAACACGUACAAUCAUAAUCGUUUUUCGUUAGCAAUGGUUAAUUGUUGCAUACAAAAACACAUUAAAGUUCUUAUACAUCCUACCUUUCCAAAUUCUCACUUACAUUAAUGGCCCACCUAUCGCGCGUACUAUGUCCGUCUUUUUAAUUUUAUGAUUUCAAAUUGUAUACAUUUUUUCUAAAAACAAUUUGCAUACCUUACAAAAUUUGCCCUCCUCCUAUUAAAUGUGUAGUUAGGUUAGGUUAUGUUCAGAUGUUAGAUUUUUAGAGUUUUCAGGAAAUAAAAAUUGCAUUUUGAAAAUACUAAUUAUACCAAAUAUUAAUGAUAAAAAAUUACAUGAUAUUAGGAUAAUAUGAUAAGACACAAUUAUACUAAAAAGAUGCCAAAGAUUAAUUUGAGCUUUUCUUCUUAGGGACUAAAUAUAUUAUGUAAUAAUUAUACCACUGAAAUCAAAAGUAAAAAUAUUUUAUACAUUAUUCGUAAUAUAAAUUCAGUAAUUAUUUUUUUUUGGUGUCAUUUUAAAUUACAAUAAAAGAAAAAAAAAGAAAAUAAAUACCGACCUUUCUUCUCGUUAAACGUGUCCAUACCUAACCUACCACCUGUACAAUACAAUUUGAUUAUAUUUUAUUCUCGUGUUGCAUUAAAUAUAUGUUUUUCUUCUUCUAAAGUUGUAAUAUCUGUCUUUCGGUCUAGAUGUGUUCAUUAAUGACUUCCGAGGGCAAACUGGUCUCCUGAAACUUUUCUAUUACCUGAUUUUCAGUCGAUAUUUCUGGAGACUGAGCCUCAGUCCUUGUAACUGAGUUAUGUUAGUGUAUAGAUAUUCAAAUACGACAACUAAAAACAAAUUAUGCACUAUCGUAGAUUAUAAUAGCUGCACUGUAAUAACUAUAUCGUCUAUACUCUAUAUCAUCUAAUUAUAUAAUUAUGCACUUCAGUGAGCUAUUGGUUUUUGGUGCAUUUACUAAACAUGUCUUAACUGUAAGAACAAAUCGUUGAUUUUAUACAACGGUCCAUGACCAAUACUAGUAUAUAAUAACAAUAAUGAGAGCUCGGAAUUAUAUGCACGAAAUAUGGAUUUAUCUACGAGCGUAUUUUCAUUUAAAUAUGAAAAAUAUGCAAAAAAAAACAAUAUAUAUAUUCAUAUUAGUUAAAUUUAAUUAGUUUAAAAUUGUAUGAAAAUGAUCAAAUAAUUUAUAUUAUAUAAAAAAUGUAUGCAAAUGUUGUGCUCAAAUAUUUUCUCCAAAUUCCGAAAUAUAUUUACAAACAGACGAUUUACAGACGACAACUUUGUUUUAUUGUGUAUCGAUAAAUAAUUAUCAAUUGACCUAUCAAUUGGUAGGUCAACAAGUCGAUACAUUGCUAAAUAUAUAUUCAAAAAUAAUCGAAAUGUGAAUAUAUCCUUAGUUAGAUAUCAUUGUUAUUAACUCAAUACUUUUUUUUCCCAAUAUGCAUAAUGUGCAUUAUAUUUUUGAAAAAUUCUAAAAAAGUGCAUAAAAAUCAAAAAUAUUCCGAAUAUGUAAAAAUAUAUAAAAUCAAAUUGUGCAUACAAUCAUAUUAUAGGUUAAGAUUCAAUUUUGUGUCUUACCUAGUUACUUUUUAAUGUAAUCAGAAUAAGCAAAUGCUUACGAUUCCGGGCCCUAAUAAUAAUUAUGGAUAGGUACACGUAAAAAGCAUCGCUUUAGAGUGGUUAGACUCCAAAAUUUGACGAGGCGUCUCUAGUACCUAAAUUGUCAAAAUACAAUAGGAAUGAUACAUAAGUCAUCAUCGUCGCGUGUCGUCAUGGUGUGCAUAAAUUGACAUGAUACACCGACCGUUGUGUCAUUGUGUUAUGAAAUUUUAAUUAGCCCGUCACACCUGUUAUUGGGGCAGCGGCGGAUGAUGAUUGUCAUUGCCAUUAAUGAGUGCGGUUAUUGUUCGAUUAUUUAAACGCAAUCGAUAAGAUAUAAUAUCGCACCGCCGCCAUUAAGGGCAUAUUUAUGAUGGGGGGAAGGGUAGGUGACGGAGCUGCAGCCUCCACGAUGUAUCUGGGGUAUAGUGGUUCUGAAUAAAAGUAGGAAGGGUUUUGGCCUCUGGGACCUUGGAACGGUAUUUACGGGAUAAAAAAUAAAAAGUCGUUAUGAUAGGGCGGUAGACGAAGGCUCGAGUGGUGAUAUAUCAUCCGGAUAACCCUCCCCUCUGUAAAUACGCCGUUGCUAUCGGUACACCUCCCCUCCGAAAAAUACUAUAGAUACGUGCCUGGUCGCCGACCGGUGCAAAAUGAUUGUGCUGAACUUUUUACCGAUUUAUCAUACGGAAAAUACAACACGAUUGCGCACAUUUUGCGCUUUUUCUAAUUGAGCCGAUAUAAAAAUUAUCGGUUGUUAUUAGUCCAAAGCCAUUGUAAUCGAAAAAGAAAACUCAAUAAUUUUUCUUUUUCUUUGAUGCGCAAUCGUGUUGUGUUUUUCGUACGUGAAAAUUGAAAAGUGCGCAAUCAGGGAGUAUUGUUCCGGAAAAAAAGUGGUCCGAUUUGCACGUGAGUACAUUGUGGCCGACGAUGGCGGCGACGGGUGUAAUGCGAUACUCCGGACAUAGCGACGUGCUUGCUUCAGAAUUGUUUGGUGGACGGGAGAGGAAAGCGGACCGCGGACGCACGCAAUGAAUCCACCGCCGUUGCGCGUGUAGUCAGUGACCGCAAUGGACUGAUUAGAGGAAAAGGGACGGCUGGCGAACGGCUGGAUGGCUGUGGACCGCAAAACCACCGGCCACUAACGUGCGCAACACGAUAUACUCGCUGCGGUGGCGGUGGCUGUCGGUACGACACUGAAGUGGAGGAGGUUUCGGUUUAGGGACACCACCACGACUUAUUUGUCUCUCUACGACGACUGGCGGCGCGACCUCCCGCUUAUCCGCGGGUCGCCGUCACGUGCGUAUUUAAGCAAAAUAAUGUAAUCUACGAGCGUCCUGUCCGACACUAUAUUGUAUCGUCACCGUCGACGACAAAUGAAAUUCGAUUAUCCACCCGCCGCUGACAUUAAUCGAAUCCUACUGCGAGCCUAGUGCCCACACUAUCGUCUUAUAACGUAAACAAAAUAACCAGCUGCCUCAACUAGUAAAAUUAACUGAAAACUCCAAAAUAACGUAUUUAGGCAGCUGAACGGACUACGGUGAAACGGCGAGUAACCGAAAUCGCUGGUCCAGCUUGCUCGCUCCCCAAGGUAAUGCGCACAGUCGAUAAUACGACCGAAUCUAACUCAAUCUAUAAGUUAUAACUGUCAAUUUAUACGAGUAGAUGGCCGUAUCAAUGAAAAAUAUAGUGGCCCAGAGCUGAUACAUUUGGGUGUCCUUAUUUUACAAAAAAAAAAUUAAAAAAAAAUAAUAGUAAAAAAAUAUAUUGUAAAUAAAAUACAUUAUUACAUCCGUUUUUUAUAGUGACACAACAAGAAGUAUUUUCGAGCUUUGAGUGGAGUCAUUAAAAUGUUAAAUAAACUUUGAACACGUUAAAGUUCUUAUUCGAUUAUUUUCAUAAAGCUUUGUCUGAACCUCAUUUUUCUUUCUGGGGAGGAUUAUAUUAGCUCACUCAAACUUAACAAUCGUUUACCAUAAUAUUAUUUGAUAUGAUAAUGUCGUUAAACAUUGUAUUAUAAUUUGUGCUAUUGUCAUUAUAGUUAAAAAGACCGACCCCGGUUGAACAUUUGAAAUCGAUAUUUACACCACACGUAUCAACAGAUUUUAAAUCCAGUUAUAGUAAUCUAAAUUUACUGUAUUAUAUUUACAACAGAAAAUUAGUAACCAGAUGUGGAGUUACCAGUCUGAAAAUGGGAAUUUUCCAGAUGGCCUAGAUCACAUUGUAAUCCGAUGGCCUGAUAUAUUUGUGCAUAAUUAUUUUAUAUACCUACUCGUAUUAUUUAAAAUCUUCGUUAAAAGGCAAGACUUAUAUUAUAUCCGUAUCUAUGUGUUGGUCUUAUAUAACGGGGCCGCGAAAACUUCGGCCCAUGCGCAUAGUUGUCAAGCUGGGUGAAGUUAUUAGAGUUACUUAGGACAUUUAACAAUACACGUGCGCUUGCAUUACGUAGAGAAAAACAGGAUUUACGAUAACAAUUAUUUAUAGAUAAUUAUUAAAAGGGGGCAGCAGUGAGGAAGCAUUGUGAAAAGAGAUCUCCUACUGUUGUCGGUGAACAAUGAAAAAAAAAAAAGUAGGUUUUAUAUGUAUAUUCAUUUAAAGUAUUAUGAUAAAAUGUAUUAUAUUGAUGUGAUCACUUUUUUAAAUUUUUCGGAGGGGGGUGGAGAGUUAACUCUCCCACUCUUUUAAUAUUUACCAAUGAUUCAAACAAAAAUGUAUUAGGCACCUUUCAAUUCAAAAUCGUGGCUUUGCCACUGGUUCAAAUUAAACCGUGAAAACAAUUUUGUUUGGUAGGCACCUACGUAUUUUAUUGGGUGGACUAAAUACAUUUUAAUUUCCCGGUCUAAAUUUGAUUUUCUCUUCGCUUCCUAUUCAUAAAUAAAAAGCGCUUUGCAUAUAUUAUUUAUAAAAAUAACUUAGGAGAAUCAUUACGUUUAAGUAAAAAAAUAAACAAAAACUUCGAUUUCACAAUAAAAAUAUUAAAAAAAUCGCGUAUACACGAAAAUGUAAAAUAUUAUAUACAUGACUGAAAAUUAAGUGCAGAGCACUGCACUAAUGCUGCCUGCUACUUUAUCAUGAUUAUACACUUAUUCGACAACCAAGAUAUUGUUAUCAAGUUACAAAAAAUUCUUAGUACAGUAAAUGUGCUUUAAAACUGCGUGCAUACCGAACAUGAUAUAGGUACAUAAUAUAUUGUUAUACUAAUAUAAUUUAGAGAGAUUAGCACAAGUGGUACUGGUUGUAUUGUUUCACACACAUGCAAAAGCUAAUACAUACCUUUUAUACGAGUUAAUAGGGAUUCACACUAUAGAGCUUUUAGCGUUUAGUGUUUACUAAUCGGAGGCAAGCAUAUAAUCGAGGCUGAAAACAUGCGGACGUUAUUUAACCGAACCGUAAAUUUGCAGAUGCUUUUUGUUAAAAUUUCAGAAUUGAGACAUAAAACCAACAUUUGUAUCUAAAUAAAGGUAAUAUGUAAAAAAGUUAUUUUUAAUAAUUUUCAGUUAUUUGGAUAAUAUAAAAAAAAUAUAAAGAUAAGAUAACUCAUAAAAGUAAUGUUGAAAGUACCUAAUCCAGGUACUUGACUCAGAUUAAAAAUAUACUAUUAAAUAUUCAAAUAUUCAAAACAAUUAAUAAUAAUUAAAUAAUUACUUAAUUACGGUCAUGUUUUUCAGCAUUGAUAAUAUAUUUGAUGAUGGUUAAAAAAGUCGAUGUACAAAUAAUUCAAUUUUAGAGAUAACAAAAAUGAACGUGCAACGACAACCGCUAUAUUUUUUUUUAUUGAACACGAACCGACAGAUAGUAUAGAUUUAUUGAAUUGGUAGAUGUUAUACCAGCAGAAUCAUCGUACAUAUAAGCUAGAUAAUAAAAUAAAAUAUUAGAAAAUGUCUAAAAACUAAAACGCUAAAGCUCUAGUAGUCAAUGGCGUAGACAAGGGGGAGGGGAGGCUAUAAAGGCUAGCUCUCCCAUGUUGACAGUGAUUAUAUAUGUAUAUUAUUUUAUAAUUUGAGUGUUAAUUAUAUACGUUUACAGUUUUUGCCUACUCCUGAAAGAACACGUUUUACACUACAUCAUAUAAUGGAAAUAUAUUUGAGGAAGAACACUAUGUUAGAAAAUAGACUCAAUGGGUUAAGAAUUUCUAUUUAGUGAAACAAUUUUAUCUAUGUAAUACCUACCAAGUAAAAACUAAAAAAUUAAACAUACAUUGGUAGUAAAACCAAUACAUUCCUCGCUAAGCUCAGAAUCUACAAGAAGAUAUUAAUAAGAAGACGGACAAACUUCGCACGAAGGGUGGGCCACUGUUAUAGGUGAGAAGUUCAGAUGGUAAGAUAUAAAGAGGAAUUUAAUGUAUAUGCAACUAUUAAUCAUUCUUAAUGACGAACGAUUCUGCGCGGAGUUCGGUUGUACUUGUUUUGAAAUUCCAUUUUAUGGGAGGGGAUGAUGUAAAUAAUAAUCAUGACUUUAAAUAAAUCUUCUAUUAUAUCUGAUCUGAAAAUUUAAAAUCCCAAUCUAAAAAUCUAAGUUUAUAUUAAUAAAUUAAGGUAUUUUCCUUAUUUUAACUUGGCUAAAGUAUGUAAUUUUAAGAUAAAUAUAUCAAAUACAUCUUUAACUACUAUAGUUGAUGUAUUUUUUGGCCAACGGAGUGGAUAUAACCCCUAACUUUCCGUCCUCCGUGCACGUCAUUGUACGUAUUAUAUGUUUGACGUAUACAAUUUUAAAGCCGUUUUAUACACGUUUUAUACUUAACUCUGAUUUAUAGACACAUAUUAUAAAAAUUAUGAAAAAUAUUUUAUUACUAAAUUGAUUUCAUUGAGUAUUUUUAUAACUAGUAAUUUAACGUUUUGCAGGUAAAAGACCAAUUCUCGUCCCACGGUCUUGUUUUAAAUGGUUGGGAGGGGUAAACGUUUUUAUAACACCUCCAAAAAAAAUUGAGUUAGCUCCACUGUAAUUGGUCGUUGGACAACCGGUAUAUCUUUAGCCGUACAUUAUAGGUACUCCCGAACGUAUAUAUAAGUAUAUUAUAUGUGAAUAUAACAAUUCACUGGAGAGUUCGACUCUUAGACAUGUAUAUUUCGCAUUUCUUUUUAAUCAACUACAGAUACGUAGGAUACGUGUAGGUAUAGGUAUACACUGAAACGGUGGGUUAUGGUUGUACGUUUUUAAUAUAUAUAUAUAUAUAUAAAAAAAAAAAAGAAUUACUUAUAUAAAAUAGCAACAACUCGCGGCCAUAAUAUACUUACCUAACUACAGUAGCGGGACGCAAUAAAAUAAAAGGAAAACAACCCGCGAUUCGAUUUAAUAGACUGCAACGAGCAGGGCAUGGCAAAUAUGACAUAGUCAGUUGUGGGUGGAAGGGGGUGAAAGGGUGGAUGAACGGUUACGGGGCGGAAUACUCGCGUAAUGAAGACAAUAAAACGAGUUGGGUAUUACCUUAAUAAUAUUGCAAGCGUUUUUUUUUUCCCUGUAAUAGAGGUAAAACGUAUUUUAUUCUUAUAUUGUUUUCUCUUUUUUUUUUCGUCUUUUUUUUUUCAUGCAAAGCGCGCAUCGUGGGCUCUUGGAAUAUAAAACAAUCAAAUUUGUGUCUGCGUAUAAAAAGGAGCUUUUUGCUAAUUCCGGAACUGGUACAAGAUUAAAGUUCGCUGACAACAAACGACCGACAGACCGAGCGACGGCAGUAGGGGACGAAAAAUAUGUGUUUUUUUUUUUUUUAUGUUGAUGCUAAAAAGCGUAGAAAUUUUUUUAAAUCAUAUUACUACCGCCGCAGUCGCCUCCGUCGUAUAAGGAUCUCGCCAAUAUGAUUAUAAUACAAUAUAGGGUACGUCGUCCUUCGGUAUAAUAUCGUAAUAUUAUGCAGCUCUUAUUCUAAUAAUAUUCGCGUGUUACGUGAACCGUGCAACGUCUUUAUUGUUAUGCCUAUAUAAUAUUAUUUUCCGUGUGUUUUUGAAGACGGAGUUGGUGUGCAUUUUCGAGCAAUUCGCGAGAUUUCGAAUGUUUCAGUCUCAUUAAUAUUAAUUUGUUAAACUUACUUAUAUUCGACGUGAAAGACGAAACAUACCGUUAUUAUACUAUGUGCACCGUCCGGGAAGAAUAAGUACCUAUAUUUAUAAAAUAUUGCGUAUAGACGAAAUGACACGGGAAAUACAUACAAGAAAAGACGGAAUUUUUCCCCAUUUUACCCUUACGAGGACGCUACUCGUGCUUUUAUUUUCAUCUCGGUUUUACAAACGCGCGACACAGCACAUUUGCAUUCGGUAGAACUGCGCAUUUUGUUUUAAAGUUAUAGAUCGGCGGUUUUUAUUCAUUUUUUGGUACACGGGCUCUUGUAAAACUAAUAUUUUUAAAAUCGCGGAUUCCCGAGUGUGAAAGCAAAAAAAUAUUUUUGUUAUAACAUAAUUGUACAAUUUUUUACGCAACAAUUUUUUUAUUCCGUACAAAAUAAUUACAAAUAAUUUUAGACUACUUUUUAUAAAAGUCAAUAUCUUCGUGGACCUCCAGGGGGCCGCAGACCACAGGUUAAGAACCGCUGUUACAGAGUGAACUGACCUAUUAUCAAACUCGAAGAUAAGGACACAAUUUGUGUUUGCACAUUGGUUUUUUCCGAUACCUUAAAAUUUUUAAUUGAGAUAAUUCACACAAUUACAUUUUGGUUAAAAAAUUAAAUAACGAAACACUGAUGUACAAACUACAAACACAGAUAAUGUUCUUCGUUUGAAGUUUGAUAAUAGAUCAAUUCUCUUUAAUAUUGAAACUAACAAUCUUAAAUUGAUUCUGCUGAACGCAAAUAUGCUUUGUCGUGUGUACGAUUGAUGCAACAAAUACAUUUGUAGAGCCUUUUUAAUUUUAUUGGUGAAUGAGAAAUUAAAAAUACAUAUACAUACAAGCGUAUAUACUCACGCCAACACGUAUUAAUAUGCAUAAUUUAUUAUACGAGAUGAAUAACCGUAAUAACAAUCAUUUGAAACGUUUCGCCAAACUCGAAAGAAUCGUAAUAUACCUAACUUGUACAUAAAUGAUACAACACUAUAUAGUGUAGCUCGAUUCGAUUUCUCGAAUACCGAAUUUCGCAUAAUGCAACAUACGCGAGAAAUUAAUUAAAUAUUUUAAUUAGGUGUCUACCGAGUGAGCUUAGUUUGACUCGAUGUUGCAUAUUAUAUUCUGCACAAGUAUUAUUACGUGUAUUCUUAUAGGAACGUUUUUCCAGAUAUUUUACAGAGAUAUCAAUAAAACACAUUAUAAUAUAUAGUAAAAUAUCAGAUAGUUAUCUAACUAUCUGAUAUUCUACAACAGAACGUGUUUAAAUUAUAAUUAUUUUCGUAGGAUAGACAUGAACAAUGGUACAAGACACCUACUUCACAGUGUUACUUUUAAUCCUGUAUAAUUUGUUACAUUGGACCCCGUACAGACACCAACUUUUUUGUAAUAAAAACGUGUUCAGUGUUCGUCCAGUGUAAAAAUUGAAUUAAAAAAAAAAAAAAACGUUAAACAUUUUUCGUAUCAUUUCGAUUUGCCGAUAUCAAUUUUUGUUUGUUUAUUAUCAUAAUUAUUGAUAAGCGAAAUAAGUAAAAGACAAAAUGACCGAAUGCAAUUAUGUCCCAUGCGGUAGUGCAAAUGAUACACCCAAUACCGAUAUUAAAUAACUAUUAUGUGAGAAAAAACUGAGCGUGUUACUUUUGUCCCCGGUAUUCCUAUGUGGUCUGUCGUACUAUCACAGACCGUAAUACUAUUAUGUGGUACCAUUGGUUAUAAUGAGACGGUAGAUUUUUCUUGGGAAACAUUUUUCCGUUGAUAUUUUCACCUGUACCUCAGAAGAUGUAAGUUUCCGUUCGGAUAUACUUUAUUUGAAACAUUUUUCGAUAUUCCCCGCCUUUUCGUACAACAGAAUUUUAAAUAUUUGUAAUUAUGUAUUUGACGUGGUAUUUUCCGAAAGCAGAUGGGGUGCAAAGCGCACCAGCUCGCCCUUCUUCAGACGCCUAUGCACCGGAACGACAACGAAUAUAACAUUGAAAAAUAGGAGCCGAAUUGAUUAAACGAAAAUGUCACCACAUUUCUACACCCGGCAAUAUCUCCGGGGCUCGUUUGUCACAUUAUGAUGUUAUCAAUAGUUGUUGAAUGAAAGGAAUUACCGAUCAUACAUUUACAAUACAUAUAUCUAUUAUUAUACGCGCAAUUUUCACGUUACGCGCGUUUUAUAAACGAUCGAAAAAAAAAAAUCGAGUGGUUCUCGAGUGUUGUAGUUAUAGAGGGGGGAGGGGGGGAGCUUCGAACCGACGACAACGCGCGACGAGUGCUUCGCGUGUAGGUACGACGUGAAAGUGCGCGCGUUUUAAAAAUUUAUUCACGUAACUCUUGCUUUGCUACCAUUUUGAUUGUGUCUAUAUACAGAGUGCGUGUACAUACAUGUAUAUUAUAAUAUUAUAAUCGUCGACGCAAAAAUGCUAAAGAUUUAUAUACGUACAAUGGACGGUGCGUCGGGACCCGAGAGAGCAGUAGCUGCUGCUCGAGGGCUCUAUUUAUUGUUUUCAAUAGACUAUUGUCAUCCCGAUCGCAUUUACCCGAACUCCUUAUACUGUUUGUCCCGCACACCGACUUUGCCGACAAUUUUUUAAACGGUUUUUUUUUUUUUUUUCAACGUUUCUAAAUCCAGAAAGUUCGUAUCUGAGGGGGUUUAAGGGGUCAGGAACUCCGCCGAAUUUUUUUCAAAUAUUAAACAACGCGUUUAUAUAAUUCGAAGUCAAAAACUAUGAACGCACUCUUAAGGUUAUCAAACAAAAUGUGGAUCACUCUCCGUUAUGAAAUAUUGAGCAAAUUGAACAAAACCACGGUGUAUCGACCGUGGGAUAUCGACGGAUAUUGGGCUUUGACUUCUUGGAAACGAACGGUCACACCGAUAUAGGUAUUUUAGUCGUACCUAUACGGAACGAACCUUUUCUUUCCUUUUCCGCGAGCCCUCAAGGAUUAUCCGACACCCAAAUGCCGGUGCGCGGUCCUUUUUUUUUCUUUUUUUUCUAUCCUUUUUUCACCGUCCAUAUAUUAACACGAAAACUCUUUCAGUCGUCGUCUACUUUAUACGUGGCGACGACUUCUGCUGUACUACAAUAUACAGUCUUGUAUACACACUUUAAGUCCGUAUACAUAUUUAAUAAAGCGUAUACUUUUCACCGCUCGGCUCCGUAAUAACCAAAAAAAAAAACUUAUCAUUCGAAAAAAAAAAAAGAAAAAAAGAAAAGAAAAAUAAUAAUAAAUAGGUAAAGCGCGCAACUACUUUAUACGUAUAGUCCACUACUCACGGGAAUAUGAGAAUAUCACAGUCGCGGCGGUGUUGCAUUCUGCAAACGAAUGAAUUCGGCGUGUUUUGCACAAAACUUUGUACACAUAAUAAAUAUAUGCAUUUUUUUUUUCUUCUAAACGUGAAACUUUUUAUUUUCCAGACAAAUGAACGGCGUGCAAGUUUUGAUGGCGUUCGUUUUAAUAACCGCCGACUCGAUGCGUUCGUGGACGUGCCCUGACGCCUGUAUCUGUUUAACGCCAAAAAAAGUAAAUCGACUACAACGGCACACUAUCACACCGUCGCUGUCCCCCUCUCUCUGUCCCCUCCCCUCUAAAAAAAAAACCAUUAUGUACCACCCGCACUGUAUGCGUUGUGAAUAAAACAACAUUGUAAUCUCUCGUUUUGAAUUUGGAUUUAUUCCAACUACUGAACCGGACACCGCCGAUAUAUUAUUAUUAUUUCACCCGAUAAUAUUAAAAUCGGGUUUCGCUGGCACGACCGUGCGUCCGAGCCUGGGGGUUUCACUCUCACACGGUGUCGCCGUAUGACGCGGCACGCGCGUCCGAUUCAACAACGGCGGAAAAAAAAAAGCGCGCGCGGCCGAUUCUCGUUUUUUUUUUUUUUUUUUUUUUAUUUUUUUUUUUUCACAUCGGAAAAGGUUACAGUCGGUACCCUAUCCACGCGACAUCCACGCGACGAAUACAAAAGCGUUCCUCGGAAUAUUUUUCGACUCCUCUCUCGCACAUACACACGGUAUACACACGCGGUAUGUAGGUAUUCGAUUAUUAUAUUUUGUAUUUACAAUGAAAGUUAUUUUUCUAUAAAUAGGUAUAACGGGAUUUGUUUGCACGUGUAAUAUUAUAUAAAUUGCGAUUCGAUCGAUAGCGGCGCAAAACCUGCAGCCGGUGGUUACCCGUUUGCUGUAAAAUGAUGUCGAUUGCGAUAACGUUUGUGACGAAUUCACCGAAUUUAAUGAUUAAAAAGUCCGAAUCGCGCAGGGUUCUGUAGAUUUUGUUUGACAAACAAACCCCCAGCGCAUCAAUAAUAAUACUAAAUCAAUAUUGUAUAUUAUUAUUAUUAUUUCGGACCGUCCGACGACGAUGACGAAUCACUGGGAAAUUAAAAUAUUAUUGUUGAUACAUUUUGUUUUCCCAAUAAAUACCUGUACGCUAUGAAUGAUUUCGAAUUUUUCCGCAAGGGGUGGCGGCGUAUCGCGACUGGAUUGAAUUCUUGACAAUUUUUUUUUCAACCCCGGUAGACUUUCACACGGCCUCAAAGUACCUAUAAUGGAAUCGCGUCCUCGUCACGAAUCUGGAUCUUAGCUCUGCGGUGCUCGAGUAAAAGGCCUGAAAUAUAUUUAUAUAUUUAAUCGAAUUAAUUUUUCCUACAAAAAUGAUUUGACUCUUAUGUGGUAAUUCUUAGACUUGAGAUAUUUUAUUCGAGCACCACAGUCAAGAUAUAUUGGUUUUACAUUUCAGACCUUUUACCCGAACACUACAGAAUUUGUUUCUGUUUGUAAAGCUCGCCUUUUCAUAUCGUUGUGUCUGUUACAUGAUCUGAUUGUCAUGUCAUAUCAUUGUGUCUUUCACAAAUUACUUAAUUCGUGUCUGUUAAACAAAAUUUGUGAAUCGUAAACGAAUAUUGUACCGCAACAGGUGACCGAACAUUUUUCCGUUUUUUUUUUUUUUUUUUUUUACGGUGAAUAUCCGUUUUUCAUCAACUUAGUUAAACAUUACAUUCUACGUGCAACGCAUCAUUUUUCUAAAAAUUUACACAAUUCUCUACGUAAUGAACUACACACAAAUCUGGGCAUGAUUUUUGAGGGGUACAUAAUUCCCCAAGCCCACCCCUGCUACGCCCGUCCGAGAUAGACGUUUAAUUUGAUAUUUUUCUUCUCGUUUCGUACAUAGAUACUCUGCAAUUCUGGCCACUUGACUUUUGUCCCGUUGGGCAACCUACCCAAGACGGUCGAACACCUUUCGAUGACCAAAAACAAUCUCACGUACUUGCCUAGUGACGCAUUCAGCGGGCUCCGGUGUCUGCGCAAGUUGACGCUAGACGGCAACAGCAUAGAGAGUGUGGAACGUUUCGCGUUUCGCGGGCUUCCCCGGCUGCGGGAACUGUCCAUCCAGAACACGCCGCUCACUUCACUUCAGAAGUUCUCGUUCGCAUCACUUCAAAAUGUGACGGCCAUCUUGUUGGGCUACAACAAGAUCAGCGUGAUCGAUGAGUUCGCGUUCGCGGGUACCGCCAACAUCAGGCUGUUACUGUUGAACAACAACCCGUUGCACACGGUGAGAGUCAAUUUUUUUAUUUAUGAUCAGCUUACCGUAAAAUUAAAUACUACAAUUACUUUACAAAGUACCUUAAUAAUUGCGAGUGGUAUUUUUGGUGUAACCGCGAAAAUGUAACACCGUGAUAUUUGGCCCUCGGUAAAAUUUUACUAUAGAAAUUAUACCUCCUUGGUAACCCAUCGGAGGUUAAAUUUCACUAAUAAAAUUUGUAAAUAAUUCUUAAUGAAAUUAUUAAUCCCUCCCCUCCUUCCCCGGUCGAAUAUCACAGUGGUGAAUAACCACUAACACACCGAUAGUCGAUUUCUUUACUUUUCUUUUGUUCUUUUUUUUUUUUUUUGUUGAAAAUAUCAAAUAUUAUACCUUAUAAAAUAAGUAUGUAUACUGUACUAUAAUUUAUCAUCAUCAGUAAUGAGAGUUAAAAUAUAAAUGUUUAAAAAAAAAAAAAAAAUCCUAAAUAAAUUAUAACAAUAAUAAUAAUUUUUCACUUUCCGAUUUGUAUUUUAUUUUAUAACAUUUAUUGUUUUGUACUUAUAUUUUUAAAUAAUAACAACAAAAAUUAAAACAACUAACAAACUUUAAACGAAUCCCUUAAAGUAGUGCUUCGGGCGGACAAAUCGAAAAAAAAAAUAAAUAUUUUAUUAGUAAACUUUUUUGUUUUUGGACUGUUCGAAAUUUCAGCACUUUUAGAGCCAUAAGCGCCCGAUAAGCAAUGAUAAAAAAAAAAAAAAAAAAAAAAAAAAAAAAAAAAAAAAAAAAAUAAUAAUCAAUCUCAAUAACUGAAAUGAUGAACGGGCGUCCGUGUGUUGUUUCUAUACACAUAGGUGUCGGCCAACGCGUUUUCCGGUCUGACCAACGUGGAACACAUUAUAAUGCCGUCGGGCAUCCGGGAUCUGCAGCCCGACGCGUUUAACGGACUCGACUCGGUCGGGCUACUGAGACUGGCGUUCAUGGACCUGUCGUCGCUGAGACCGUACACGUUCCGAGGACUGAGUCACGUGCACGUGCUGGCCGUCCAGGACUCGGACUUGGGCGUGAUCCGGGCGGACGCGUUUUCCGGGCUCACGCACGUGGGCAGUCUUAACCUGUUGAACAACAAAAUCGAUUCGAUCCAGAGCCUGGCCGUCACCGACGACAACCGCGUCAAACACUUCCGGUUCAACGGUAACCACGUGCUGGAGAGCCCGAAACGGGGCUCGUUUGCGCUGGUCACCAUCAACGACUCCACGGUGAUCAGCAACCAUUUCCCGUGCGACUGUCACCUGUUCCGGUUCGUGGACGGCCGCCCAUUCGGCAACCUGUCGUACGAAUCGUUCACCGGCAAAAACUAUUGCAUAUCGCCGCUGGAGUUGAACGGACAAUCCGUCAGCGUCGUCAAACGCAGUUUCGUCGACAAGUGUCUACAGAGUUCGUUGGCCGCGACGCUGGUCGCCGCGCCGCCGUCACGUACGUUCCUAAUAACCGUUGCUAUGUUUCUAUUUGUUUUCGUUCGUUGAACAUCGACAUUCGUUUAAAAACAUAAUGAUAACAAUAAUAUUAUCGUUUACACUAGUUCAAUAUUGUUAAAAACGCAAUAAAAGAUACGUACCACUUAAUCGUUAUUUACAAUAUCACAGAAAAGUUAUUAUAUAAAUUUAAAAAAAAAAAAAAAAAAAAACCGAAAAAAAGUCCCGCUGAUAUUUUUGACCGUUAAUAAAGUAUACGGAUACAUACGACGAACCAGAUCGCUACCCGGCGAUAUGAGAAGUGUGCAGUUUUAAUCAGCCGUUUAAUUCGAGAUCGCCGUUUCUCCACAAUCGUUCGCUUUUGUACUGUGAUAACUGUUUUAUCCGUGCAAUGUUGUUAACGAUCGCGGUAAUAACGGAAAGAAAAGGAACACGACAACAAUCUCGAUAUAAUAUUAUGGGUCCGGGUCAAAAUCCCAACUGUUACAAACUCGACAGGGUCAAAAUCCCCACCUGGUUAAAAUCCCGAACUGGUCGAAAUACCGACAAUCACAUAUCGUACAAUAUUAAAGGGGCUUCAUCUGUAGUAAUAAUGUGACGAGUUGUUGAAUAUGUUGAUUUUAUUGUAAUUAUUGAUUUAAAAAAAGUGCAAGUUUCAUUUUUUUUUUUUACAAGUUGAUUACCAGUAUAAUUUCAAGGAACAUAAUUAGGCGAUCACCUACACAAUCUCAGGGGAUGUCGAUAAUCGUGUCUGCGAAAUUCCGUGUAAUAUUGUCCGUUGGAAUCUCAACUUUGACGGGAUUUUGACCCUGUCGGGAUUGUAAACGUCCGGGUUUUAGUGCCGGAAUUACAACUGUCAGAAUUUCGAACGCCUCCCAAAGUAAUGACGAUAAGACCAUGGGUCUCGAAUUGAAUGGCUGGCGCGAGACUUCGACCAAAGGCAUCAGUAUGGACGCGACCGGUUAGCGAUCCAAUGUUUAUUGUACGUAUCUGUAUCAAUAUACUUAAUAUUAUCAAUAAAUUGUAUACCUAUACGGUGGCUCUUCAAAAAAUGCAUUUAACGUGCCGUUUUUUCACGUAUACGACUUCGCGAUCGACGAAUACUACUACUAUAAUUGUCUGAAUUUAUUUUCCUUUACCGAUUAUACUAUAAUAUACUCAUUAAGUAUUAUUUAUUUAUUUCAAUACAUUAUAUUAUAUUAUUAUCAUGGUGUAUAUAACAUUAUUAUAAAUGUAUUACUUUAAUCACAG